AUUCUUGUGGUUCAGGAUGUGGCUGGAUGUGGGCUCGCCUUCCAGGUAGGCGAGCGAGCAAAUUGUCCGCUCAGAAUGGGGAAUUAUGUCAUUGCCGCGGAGGGACGCCUUCCAAGAGCGUUUCCUCCGCUGGCUGAUUGACAGGCCUCGCAUGCGAGAGGAGCCUAUAUAAAGCAGGCGAGCCGAGCGCCUCUUUGAAAGGCAGCCCGGCUAAGAGGCGAAGCGGGGUUUUUUGCGCGCACCUCCCCGGCCGAGGACUUGCCCUUGCAGGGAGCUGACUUGGCUUCGCGCUCUCGCCACGGGACUUUGGAAACUCGCCGCCUGCUUGGAGUUGCAUUGGGAAGCGGCAGCUCUCAAGAGCAUCGCGGGGGACUUGCGUGCCAGGUAACGGCCCUGGGACCAGUGCGGACAGGUUGGAGCCGGAUUGUGGGUGGAUGGGUGGGGGUCAACAGAGGGACGCCCCCGAGAGACCCCGGCAGCACCACCUCCAAGGAGUGAAAGGAGACUUGCUCCCUAGGGUCGUCUUAAAAAUAAAGAAAAUGGGCUGGAGCCAAAUCAAGGGGGCGAGAUCGCAGGACCUAAGUCCCGCUGAUUUCAAAGGAGAUUAAGUGCAAGCAUCCUAUGUAUGCAGUUUUCCAACCUAGAAGGGUGCCUGGGACCGGAGCCUAAGGCUGCAAUCAUAACUCCGCUUACCUGGGAGUAAGGGCCAUCGAAUUCAGCGGGUGGUAUGCAACUAAAUUUUACUCAGAGUAGGCUCAUUGAAAUGAAUGUACCUAACUCAAACAUGUGAAUUUCAGUGUGUCUGUUCUGAGUAAAUCGUAUGGGAAUGCCAUUCAGUAGAAUGGGACAAUUAAGAUUGCACUGGACCCAGUUCUUGUCAACAAUCUUGGGUAGUUUCUCCGAUUUUUUUCCUCAUUCUUUCCCUAAUUCUUCCUUGUAAAGAAAGCUUUUUUUUACUUGGGCUCAAAAAGGGCGUAGAUCUUUAGGAUGAAGAAAGGGCACCACCCACCACUGGGAAGUUUUCUUGUGCAAGCCCCGUUGUCAGGAAUGGCAGCUGGGAACACACACAAAAAGCAAAUGCUCACAGCAGCUUGACAGGACAGGGGCCAAUGCAAAGUCUGAUCAAUAUCUAGUGCAUUGUAUGGUGCAACCCUAGACAGCUUCCAGAAAAAAUGUUCAAGGCUAAGAUGCAGGAACUCCUUUGGGGCACUGUCAUGAGGAAGUUCUCAUGUAUACACCCCUGUGAGAGUGAUGGGAACUCUUUCUUUUCACUGGAGUUUAAGCAGGACAGCAGAGCUUCCUAAGGGGAACCUGGUCUUUGUCACUCUAUAUAGCAUCAUUGUAGACUUUCUGUGUCUAGGGAUGGCACUGAUUUUCUUAUGAUAAGGGCAUGGGUUGAUAAGGUGACUUCAAAGUAUGGUGCGAUCCUUGUAGCCCGUACAAUCCAACCAUAAUUAAGCAGAGGAAUUAAUUAUGUGCACAACCCCACUUCUGGAAAUAUUCACCUUGCACAAAAAUACCCAGUUUUGGUGUCUUCUUUGGGAAAGUGCAGCAGAUAAUGAUGCAAGCUGUGGAUGGGGGAGAUUUACCCAGAAACAAAUUCCACCUAGUUCAAUGGGACACCUAGUGAAUCUACUCUGGAUUGCAGCUGCGAACCUAUAAUUUUGGCUAGGGCAGGUCGUGAGAUUUAAAUUUGCAUCUCUUCAAGAAGUUUGGGUGUAUAGAAAUCAUCAAGAAAUGUAUCCGGCAGAGGGCUAGGUCUACUUUCCUGAGUCCAUUCAGACACAAGACAGAUGUGUAGUCCAUUCCUGUGCUUGUUUACUCAGAAGUAAAUCCCACUGACUUUUCUAAGAUCUGGGCUGCAGUUCUAAUAGUGUCUACUCAGAAGUAAAUGCUGCCAAAUACAAUGAGGUUUACUCUCAGGUAACUGGAGAUUGGACUGGAGACGCAGCAUCACUUCAUCUUGAUGUGACACAAUUGGUAUAGAGAAGCAGGCUGUCUCUGUCUUUCCAGCAGUAAGAGAGUAUGUAUGUGUGAAUGAGUGUGACUGAGACAGGGAGAGACUGGAAUUUGCUAUUGUAGCUUAAUAUAUAAGUUAAAUUACAUGUGAAAUGCUGCUGGAAAUGCCAUUAUCUUUCAAGAAUGUAGCUCUACGGCUUGCCAAAAGUGGAUUUAAGAGAUGCAAUAACUAGUAGACUAUCUGAGAGCCCAGACGUCUCAUGGAAAACUUUUGAAGACAAUUCUGGUUGUAUCAUAUAUAUUUCCUUGAAUUUAUUAGGAAGGAUAUUAAACACUUGAGCCUCCCCCCUCCCCCGCACUGUGCAUUUAAAGCGUGUGCUUUCACUAAUGUUAUCAUAGUCAAGCCAGGAUCAAGCACCUGGGUUCUCACACAUAUAGAGGCAUUGUCAGAAGUAAUAAAUGUCCUGUUUGCAGUGUAUACCAGGAUUCAUAAAAAAUGCCCCAAUGAUGGGUUGAUUUUUAAUCUUUGUCUACCACACAACAGUGAAAGUUUUCUGGUUUGCAAGUUAAAAAAUACAACAGAGAAACAAAUAUAGAAUGGCAAUUAAUUGAUGAAGGACGAUUUAGAAAUAGGUGACAUAAACAAUAAAAUGGCAUCUGACAGAACCAACAUUUGCUUUCAGAAUAGUUGCUUCUGUUGUAAGCUUGUGGGAGACAUGGGAAAAUUUAAAAACAGACAAUCAACAAUGUGCACAUCUUGCUUUGUUCAUAGGCAUUAUGCAGGACAGGAGCUGGCUGUUGUGGCUGACGAUCUUGCUAGCUUUGUGGAUUUCCUCAGAGGCUCAAGGUAGGUCUUUAAAUAUCUGUAGCAUUGAGGCCAAGUAUUUCCAGAGUGGGCUAAAGCUCUGGCAACCGUAGCCUGGUGCUUAAAAGGAGCUUGGCUUCUGCUCACUCACUUGGCUUGGUCUUGAGAAUAAUUGCUCAAUUAUUUCUUUCCAUAGCAUGCCUGAAAUAUGAAACUAGCCUGCAUAGAUAAUAUACCUUACUAUAAAUGCAUCAAGGAAAGUGGAGGGAUAUGUAUGUAGAUCAAAUUGAGGGUUGGCAUCAAUUGGUCAAAUUAAUUUGUGGUGUAAAGACCUCCCCCUUUUAGAGCACCAACUACUUAGUUGGCUAAAAUGUAUUUAUAUUUUGGUUCUCCUUGUUGGAAAUUAGGAUUCAGUUAUCAAGCUGAAAAACUUCAAAAAAUAUGCUUUGUUAUUAUUGUUUGUUGCAUUUAUACCCUACUAUUCCCUAAGAAAAUUAAGAGCAGCUUAUAUAUGGCAUCCCUAUGGCUUCCAGGUUCUCACUUUGGAUAUUUGCAGACAGUUUGAUUUGAAAUUUUGUUGGACUGGAUCCAGAGAAGAAUUCUACACAGCCAGUGCGGUUACCUGGCUCCUUUCCAACUACAGUAUGGUUUCCUGCACCCCUCUUGCUCACUCUAUUGUAUCACCUCUGCCCCCCAAAAUCAAUCCUGAGAGCUGAGGCACAUGAAGGGGUUUGGGAGUCUGCAUCAAGACAGAGAAAUUAGGAGAAUUUGUUGAGGCAGUCAUGCACAAGUAGAUAUGUAAAUUUCAACUUGAGCAAGGCACCUCUGGAUCUAAGCCAUUCAGUUUCAUGAAGGAUAUUUUCCACACAUUUUCCAAGAAGCAGUACCAAGUAGAUGGAGUCACUGAAUUUGGUGUUUUGCGCCAAAUGAACAGCCAUUAUUCACAUCCCAUUAGGAAGACGUAAUAGGCAAAGACACAUAAGAGCCACCAUUUUCAGAUUGCCAGCAUCCCAAUUGGAUGGGGGCUUCAAUGGUAGGACUCGUAAGAUUGCCUGUAUGUGGUCCCUGGUUCAAUCCCAGAUUGCAGGGCUAGGAGAGAAUCUUCUACAAGUCCCUUAAGAGGACUGUCAGGCUAGGUGGACUGCCAAGUUUGAUUGAUCACUCAUCUGCAUGGACUGCUACUACUGUUUCUCUAAUAAUGUCUGAUGGUUCCCUGAGCAUGCACCCACCCUAAGCGUCAGAUCAUUUUCUUCAUCAUUUAAGUCAGUGUCUCAUUGGAAGUGUGUUGGAUUUUGAUCAGGGAGACUCGAGUGUCCAUUUCCAUUUAGCUGGCUGGCCUUGAACAAAUUAACUUAAGUUUACUCCAUCUAUGAAAAUUGGAGUAUCUGUGACCUGCCUCAUAAAAUGAGGGUGAAUGAGAUCACCCCAUGCCUUACAUUUCUUUGUUAAUCAUGUUCCUUCAUGUUGUUGCCUUUGCAGAUGACGGCCAAGAGGACGAGUCCACUUUUGACUUGCUGCAAAUAAGCAACAUAAACAGGAAGACAAUUGGAGCAAAAGUAUUUCGGGGCAACAAUUCCAGUCUCCCAGCAUACCGCUUCAUCCGGUUUGAUCACAUACCUCCGGUUAACUCGGAGAAAUUAAAGCAGAUUAUUAAACUGAUCCAGCGAAACGAGGGCUUCCUUCUUGUAGCCACCUUCAGGCAGGACAGGCUGGCCAGGGGCACCCUCUUGGCACUGGAAGGCCCUGGCACCGCUCAGCGCCAGUUUGAGAUUGUUUCCAAUGGCCGAGAAAAUUCACUCGAACUUUCCUAUUGGGUAGAUGGCUUCCGGAAGAAGUAUCUUUUGGAAGACGUGGACCUAGCCGAUUCACUAUGGAAGAACAUCACAGUACAAGUAGCCGGGGAAAACUACAGUCUCUAUGUUGGUUGCGACCUCAUUGACAGUGUGAGCCUGGAGGAGCCUUUCUAUGAAAACCUGAAAGCAGAGAAAAGUAGAAUGUAUGUGACAAAAGGAUCUGCCAGAGAAACUCACUUUCGGGUAGGUAACCUACCACACCUGUGAGGUCAAUGACGUGCAGUUCAAUCCCUAUGCAUAUCUACCCAGAGGUUGUAAUGAAUUCAGUGGGGCUUCCUCCGAGGUUGGUGUGAAUAAGACUGAACCCUUAUAAUGAGAUCCUGACAGAAGGCAGCCCAUAUAGUAGCCCCACUGAGACUUUUGUCUUGGACUGUGCAAUGGGAAGGGUGGCAAAUUUGCGCAGCAGAGGGAUAAAUCUGUGGGCAAGGGAAGAAUGUGGUGAAAUGGUGGCUGUUCUGCCUCAGACAGCAGAAUGUCUUGUGCUGGUCCUGGAUCCUGUUUAGUUUGCCUUAUGUAUGCUUAACAAUGUAAACUCUUAGGCCAGAAUUAGAGGGGAUUCAAUUGGCACUUUUGGAGAACCAGCUUCUCCCUUGACUUUGGUGCAAUGACAGUGCUGUUCUCUUUCUGAAAACUCUUCACACAUACUUAGUCUAAUUGUAAAUGGAUGCAGAAAUAUUUGCCCCAAGUGAGGAAGGGGUAUCUGUUUGAUUCAUCUUCGCUCUGUGCCAAGGUCACAGAAGUGAAAAUGGAGAUGUUUUCCAUAAAGGUGGGUGAGCACUAUGCAACAAGUCUCUUCUGCUGUUUGUCUAGAAGCCACUCCAAGAUGGGAGAAGGAGCUGUCUAAAACCCUGACACAUUUAGCCCACUUGCUAUAUCCAAACCUCUGAAUGUCCACCAAGAGUUGUAGAUAGGCAGCAUGGAGGCCAUAUAGGCUUCAGUCCUCUACACACUUACCAGGGAGUAAGCUCCAUUAAAGUCAGUGAGGCUCGCUCCUGAGGAGAAAUGUAUAGAAUUGCACUGGCAGCUUCUGUUAAGAUUUGCUGCUCUAACAUCUACACCACACUGGCUGUCAUGUCUGGGGUAGGAUGCGGGAAUGACUCAAUAAUAUCAGCCACACAUUUUGUUUGCUACACUUAUGAGGAGAGGAGGGAGACACGGGGUUGCUGUUUUUGGCAGGAAACCAUUGUUCUGCACUGCAUCUUGUUCUGGCCUCAAUGGCAAAUGUCAUGGUCAGGUAAAAAUGAACCCCAUAGCAUUCCUGAAGAAGUCCUUCAUGGACACUCUAUCUCUUGGCUAUUAGAAUACUACCUUUGCUUUUCCUUCAACUGGAUGAUUCCUCAGAGCACGAGCCAAGAGCUCCACUUUCUGAUGGCUAAAGAAUUAACUUAACCACAUAGAGUAGAGGCUGGUGUUCGUUGGGAUGGCAAGGUGACCAGCACUAGGUGGAGCCAAUGACAGAUGGAGCCGGCAAAUUCUGGUUGUGUUCCUCUCCUUUGCUUUUUCCCUGAAGAAAUUUUCCCAGGCCAACACUGAGGGGCAGUGGGAGGAGGCUGACAGGCAGUGCCAUCCCAUGGCCUGGAUGUAAGGAAGGAAGCAAACAAACAGGUGGGGGCUGGCUGAAGACAGACGGAAGUUGGUGGGGCAGUGGCUACUUUUUCCUAACAUGCCAACCUCCACUGCUCACCUGAAUUAACCAGAGUUCAGCGGGAUGGUUUGGAGUGCUUUUACUGAAAGCUCUGUGGUGGCUCAUUGGCUGCUGAACUCAUUGGAUUUGGUUUGCAUGUGACACUAAGCCAAUCCAUGUGGGUUCCCACAACAAAAGUCAUGAUGGUUGCACUCUUCCAGUUCUGCCGCUGCCGUGUUACUCAGGACUAAGUCAAAGUUUGGCAUAGCAUUGCAUUCAAAUCUGGGCUCAUGGUUUGUCUCACUUCAGGCAAAUCAUGAAUUGUAAACAAGGUUUGUUCUUCGUUUAUUGCCUUUGGUUUGACUGGAGCAAAGGUGUCAUCUUCUUAAGAGGAUUGAGGAGGCCCGUGUCCAAUAUCUUGCAAUUUUUUUUAUGUGUUGUAAGUUGCCCAGAGUGGCUGGGGAAACUGACAAUUAGAACUUUUGGCAGUGCAUUAGCAAGAGAGCUGGUGGAAUAUUUUCUCCCAUGCUGAGAAAUUACUGCCCUGAACCAACAUAUUAGCUACAAACAAUAGUAUUUAUUCUAGCAAUUCGGAUAUAUGGUCACUGUGCCCCUAUAGAGGGAUGGAGGACCUAUUCGGAUUGUCUGUGCUUGAAGACUGGUGGAAUCUGAUGGAAUCCUGAAUGCUUUGGGGGAUUGUGUCCUCGAGUACUGUCCAGCAGAGCUUUUCUGGGUGGUGGAGCUUUUGGAGCCCUUGUAAACCUACCUUGAAAAGCUGCAAAGCACUUUGAGGGCAAAGUCACAGACAUUUGGUCUGACCUUGACACCACUGUUAAUGCAAUCUGGUGGAGGCAUCCAGAGCACUGUCUUGGCUGGUUUGGGAUCAGGUUCCGUUAUUGAGACAUGGGAACAUGGAUAAGGAAUUUGAGUGUUUGGCCAAUAUAUCCCAUUUCCAAAAGACCCUCCUUGGACCCUAAGGACACAACUGUCAACUAGUAGCAACUAUCCUGGUUUUGGACAAGUUGUUGGAGAGGGUGGAAGCUGAGCAACUGCAGGUGUGCUUGGAGGAAGCCAAUUCCAUUAUGCUUCAGGCUUUGUUUUAGCAGUGAAGUAGCUUUUGGCCCCCUUGAUUGAUGAUGUGUCAGGACAAGGGGAGUACAACCUUAUUGAUGCUCCUCAAAUCUCACAACGGCUUGUGACCAUAGUAUCCUCCUGAACUGACUCUGUGAGUUGGGAGUCCUAGGUAGGGUUUUUCAGUGGGUUCUCUGGUUUCAGAUAUUACUAUUAGCAUUAGGGAUCUAUAGGAAACUUUUCAAAGCAGUCAUUAGAAGAUUUGAGGGAAAGUGUCAUCACUAUGCAGAUGACAGAUUUCUCCUUGACAUUGGCCUCAGAUGACGCUGUGAAGAUGCUUGACCAGUGUCUGAAGGCAGCACUAGGUUGGAUGAGGGCCAACAAACUAAAGCUGAAUUCUGACAAGACAGAAAGGUCCCAGGUUCAGGAAUUAGGAAGGUGGCCUGUUCUGUAGGGGGUUGCAUUCACUCUGAAGGACCAGGUGCAAAGUCUGAGGGAACUAUUGGAUUCAAGUCUGAAACUUGAGUUCCAGGUGAUCACAGUGACAAGGAGUGCUUUUUUCCAGCUAUGAUUACUUCACCAGCUAUAGGUCUUCCUGGACAGGGAUUUCCUGGCCACAGGGACCCGUGCUCUAGUAACCUCCUCUUUGGAUUCCUGUAAUUCACUGUAUGUGGGGCUGCCCUUGAAGAUGUUCCAAAUACCGAAACUAGUUGAAAACACUGCAGCCAGAUUUUUGAGGUGUCUGUGUAAGUUCAUGAUACAGUUGUUCUUAAACACUUGCACUGGUUGUUGAUUAGACACUGGGCCAAAUUCAUGGUUUUAGACUUGAUGUAAAAAUCCCUAACUGACUUUGGACCCAUCUACCUGAAAAAAUGCAAGGUUUAAGCUUGUCUGUGGCAGCCCUGUUAGUAGAAUUAUAUUUAAGGGAGGUUCAUAGUCUUUUCAGCAAAGAGGUUAUUUUCAGCACUUGUAGCUGGCACUAUGGUUUUCAUUGCCAGCUAGAAUCAUUUUUCUUCUGCCAGGCCUGUGGGUAAUGUGAUAUCUGACCUGUUUUGAUGACAGCAUUUGAUUGGUUGUUGUGCAGGACUUUUUCUUCUUCAUUUCUCUGUUUAAUUAUGUGGUGAUCAGCCCUGGGGUCUGCUGAAGAAGGGUGGAAUAUAUGGUAUUUAAAUGAAUAAAAUAAACGAACAAUUUAUGCAUGAUUAAAUUCAGUCAAGGUUGAAGAAGUUCUGAAGGAGGUGGGAAGUAGACUAAUGAUCUGCUGUUACCUUAAAUGAUACAAACAUUUUGUGUGUGCGUAUGUUCUUUGCAGGGUCUCCUCCAAAAUAUUCAUCUAGUUUUUGGAACAUCAAUAGAGGAUGUCUUGCGCAGCAAAGGAUGCCAGAGGAGCCAGUCGGGUAAGAAGAAGAAAAAGGCCCAUUCUUAUUGCUCACAGUAAUUUGAAGGAGUAGCCAAACAUAUCAUCACUUUCUAUUGGCUCCUUCCAAUAAUAGGCGGAAUGAAGAAACCAAUUAAAAUCUGUAUUGACAGAGAGUUCUGCAAAGGCUCAGUUUCAUGCUGCUGUCAGAUGAGCUUCACCAACUGGGGGGACAACCAAUCAAGUCUACAGAUGACCUCCGUGAUGGAGCUUAGGAUGGGUUUAGGCCAGGCAUCCCCAAACUCGGCCCUCCAGUUGUUUUGGGACUACAAUUCCCAUCAUCCCUGACCACUGGUCCUAUUAGCUAGGGAUGAUGGGAGUUGUAGUCCCAAAACAUCUGGAGGGCCGAGUUUGGGGAUGCCUGGUUUAGGCUGUCUCUGAGGUACAAUGGACCUAAAUUGUUCAGGGCUUUGUAUCUCCUUUGUACUAUAAAGAAUGAUAUUGCCAGGUGACUCUUUUGUAUGAAUGGUGACCUUUAAAGAAGCAUCAUUUAUGCUUGACACACAUAUACAAGAGAGGACACACAUAUACAAGAGAGGAUUUUAGGUCCAAACAUGUCCCCAGACAUGUUUUUUAUUACAUUUUAAAAGGCUAAAGCUUUCCUCCCCUUUUUUGCCUCUCUCUUACGACACAAAGCCUGAGACAAGUGUACACCAACCUUUGUGUAUUUGGUGAGCUGCAUUGAAAGGCCGGGUUCUACUUUUCAAUAAAAUAGCACAUUAGUAGUAGCAUUUCCACUUGGAACCAUUUUGACUUUCAGAGUAAAUCGUGUUUAUUACCAGGGGGGAAAAAUCAGAAAGUGGAAAGAUGCAAGACUCCCAUCAUAGGCUGGUCCCAGCUGUUGCCUUUCACUCCCAUAGGCUGUCUACCCUUAUUGCUUCUGCCAUAGCUUGUGCCAACAAAGCUACUGCACUGACUUUAGUAAUCUUAAAAACACUCAGUUCAAAAUCUGAAAUUAAUGAUCUCAAAAGUGUCACAUGUGGGACUUACAUGAAUUUUCAUGGCAAGAAUACGUCUUUUCAUUGAGUCAAGAUGACACUCAAACAAGUGGCAUUUUAUGAUAAAUUACUUUAUUGUGCUGUGUUGCAUUUUUAGGGUUUCCGGUCUACAGCCAAGAUAUUUAAAGUUCUUAGCUCUGGAAACAAUUCAUUAUAAACUUUUGGAAAAUGUUUACUUAACUGUUGUCACCAUGUUUAGAUUGAUUAGCUCCAUUAGCAGCAAUUAAUCAUUUCCCUGCCCAAAGUUUUUUGUUGAUUCUUUAGCUGUAUUUCUAUGUCUUUGUUUAUUUUCAGAUCUAAUAUGCAGUUCUGCCCUUAGAAUGCUUUAUAGUAUUAUUUGCUGUCCUGGAAUCAUUCCUGAUUUACAUUAAUACAUCUAAGUCAGAUCAUGACCUUCUUCGAUUAUUUUUGUUACCGUGCCAUUGAUAGUACAAGCAAAGGAAUAGAGUGACAGAUUUAUGAGCAAGUUUUAAGGGCCACCCUCGAGUGGGUUCCUCCCCUUCUUGUAAUAGUGAAAAAUAGAAUGACUUUGCCAUGGUUUGCAUGAUAUGGUAAGCUAAACUAUGGCUUAUAAACUAUGGCUACAUGAAUGUGUAGGCUCCUCAAGACGAGCUCUCGGCUGCUUCCUGGUCUUUUUUGUUCCUCAUCCCACACUGUGAUGAACUAAGCAUCCUGUGUUUUCUGAACCAGGACUUGUGGUUAAGCUCUCUCCUCACUAAGCCCAAGGUACCAUCAAGGUUUAUUCUUAGCUGCAGCUCAUAGCUUGCAAGGAGAGAGCUAAACUAUGAUCCUGGGUUUGCCCAACAUGCUAAGCCAAACCUUGUUUUAGCUCAGCAAAGUGCAGGGGUAAAAAAGACCAGGGAUCAGCAAGGUAGCUAUGAGCUCUUCUCUGGGAGACCACAUGUUUGUGUGGUCCUGGUAAUCCUUACUGCGAACGAGGCUUUUAUAAUGCAAUGGGGUUUGGUAAAUAAGUUUAUAUUCUGUUCACUACCACUAAACAUAUGGCUGCUUUAGUGUUUCUUGAGGGUACCUAAGGAACAUCAGUUUUAGUGAAAAUAUGUGAGGUAUGAUGUGCAGAUCAAGCCUACAUGCUUACUCAGAAGUAGGUCCCAGUGGGUGGAAGCCAAUGUAGUGCUAAGUCUCUCCUUCCGUCAGUGCAAAGAUUUCUCCUUGAAAAGUGGAAUGUUUCCUGCUUUCCUUCCCCUGUUUUCCCCUAAAUCUGUUCUAGGGGUUCUAAACCUGCAGACCUCUUUGAGAGCUUGAAUCUAAACUGUGAAAAGGAAUGACUAUAAUUGGAAGGGGCCAACAUCCAAUCCUUCUGUUAUACCCUUGAGUAUAAUUUGGCAUCAAACUUGCUCCAAGAGAGAUACAGUUACAAUCCACCUUUAGUACCAAUGUAUAAUUUGAGCCAAAAGUUGUAAUCAGGGAAAAGCUGUUGCAUAUAUGUAAUGGGUUUUAUUUUACUUCCUCCCUUCCAGCUGAAGUGAACACGAUCAACGAGAGCACUGAGAUCCUUCACCUUCCUUCUGUCAUGACAGAGUAUGUUGGUGAAAACACAGAGAAAAAGGCAGAAUUCUGUGAUCGCUCUUGUGAAGAGCUAGGGUCUAUGUUUACGGAACUCACUGGACUGCGCAUUGUUGUCAACAGCUUAACAGAAAAGUUAGAAAAAGUGGUAGGUAUCACCAGUGUGUUCUGCUCUAGAUGUCUGGUCAUUCAUUUGCACCAAUUGCUCCUCAAGAUUAGCAGCAACAAAUGAACAGUCAAGUCACUGGCACUACAAUAAACCCUUUGUUUGGGUAUCUACCAGGCAUUGAUAAAGAGAACACUUAUACAUGUUGGAAACAUACCAAAGUAUUGUAUUAAAAAUUGUCUGAGAAUAGUGGGGUGGUGUAUUAGUUCUGAUGUCACCUCAGGGGCUUCCCAUGUUAUAGGAGGACACACUAGGUAGAAAAUUCUGAGUGCUGUGAAAGGGGGGAGUGGCUUCUGUUCUAGGUUCCAGCCAUCCAGCCAUGCCCUUCUUGAGGAUGUUCCACUCCAUUCUCUCUCCCUCAGCUUUCCAUUCUCCCCCCACCCAACAAUCAGUUAGCAAUCUUCAGCCAGUUAGCCUGCUGGGGCUUUGAGUAUGUUUGUGUGCUGCCCAACACACAAGUUGAAAGACAUUGCAAGGUGUUAUAUGUGGGUACCAAUGUACACGGGUAGAUCUCAGCCAUGCAAGGAGGGGGACCUUCAUUGGGCAGGGUCCCUGCCCACGAGAAGCAGCCAUAACAGCUUACAUCUGUAGGCGGGGAGAACUUCUGUCGUCUGUUGAAUAAGCAGACAUCCAUAGAGUAUGGCAAUGAUGGGCUAGACUGCUGGGCUCCGCAACCAGCUUCCAUAUGUUUUUUCAGCACAUGGAAUGAUUCGUGUGAACCACAUUAAGGACAGCCUUGAUGCUGCUAAGACAAUACUUUGUCGUGGGAGACAGCUGGAUGAUAUUUUGUUCUAGUUGCCAGAGAAAGGAUGAACACACAGGCCCCAGGGUUUUGGGGGGUGGAGAGAGAGGGUGACAAUUGAGAGGACCAGAUUUGCCUCCGUGCUCAAAUGGUGUGGUUAGGUUAGCGCCAGGUGAUUUGGCACCAUCUAGAUACCUGUGUGACACUGGCAAAACUGCCCUCUCCACCACAUGCAGGGUACUGUUGCACUUGCUGGUGCAAAUAUUGCAUUCCAGCAACUGCAUUUAGGAGUCUGAUUACUGGGACGCAGGGACUUGCCGGUAGGUAGCUGUGCCUUCUGGGACAACAUCACAGGGGCAGAUGAGGAAAGGAUGAAUGACCCCCUACCCAGUUCCAUGCCUACCCAUCUCCUGGAAAACCGUAGUCCCUGGAAAGCCUCUUGGUGGUUAAUCCUUAAAGUAUUUGUGUGUUGCACAUACUACCACUGCCAGGGGUGGCAUGUCCCAUUUUGCCACUUGAGGUGACAUGGAACGUGCCUGCUGCAGUGCGCCACUGCCACUGGCAGAGAAGCAGCAUCGACAGCAGCAUCAAUAUCCAGUGAGAUCUCAUGAGAGUUCACUGAAAAUCACCAAAUCUCUUGUGCUCUGUGAGAUCUCACAAGAUUUGGUGAGAUCUCACAGCAAAUCAGCACUGAUGCUGCACGCCACUUCUCUGCCAGUGAUGGAAGUGGUGGGGCAGGUGGGGUGCCUUCAGGGGCUCCCACCUUCUGAGGUGGCUGCUUCACCCCACCUCAUGAAGUCAUCAGGCCAGCCCUGAUCAUUGCGCAGUGUUAAUGUAUAUGCAGGUACCCUGACAAAUCAUAUAGAAAAUACAUGAAUGUGCCUUGUUUGUCAUUGUCUGGCUUUUGUUCCAUUGUCUGCUUCAGUCUGUGUUAUGAAUCAACUUCACAUAUUUGAAAUAGACCUGAAGUAGUCUAGCACAUGUCUCAAGAGUGAAAUCAUCUUCCAUUUUAAGGAAGAUGAGUGAUACUGGAAGACAAUCUCUUCAGUAGAAUUUAUGGAGAUCUGUGUAAGCGCUGCAAGCCCAGAUUGUAACAUUAGCUGGGGCGUUUGCGCCCAGAGGAAUAGUGCACUCACUGAAUUGUUUGCUUCUUUUCUGGCUCAGUUUAGCUGGGUGAAAGAAGGAAUCUGUUCUGAGCAGCCUAGCUUUCUAUGCUGAGGGUUAGUGAGAGUUUCACCCUUCUCUGACUAUGGUGCAUUGCAAAAAGGCCAACUCAUCGCUACUGAUGCUAUCUGUUUCAUUGUACAGUCUGAGGUGAAUGAGAAAAUUGUGUCGGAACUGCUUGGCCCCAACAAAACACUCAAGAACCAGUCGGCUUGUUGGCAAGAUGGCCGUGAGUUUAUGAAUAAUUCGCAUUGGGUUGUGGACAGCUGCACAAAAUGUCACUGCCAGGUAAGGCAUCAAUGAAUCAUUUACUCUUCCCCACCCAAUCACACGGAGUUUUUUUUUCAGCUCUGCAUCCAAUCAGGAGUACCUUGGUUCCCAAAAUCAAUCCGUUCUGGAAGUCUGUUUGAUUUCCAAAAUGUUCGCAAACCAAGGCGCGGCUUCUGAUUGGCUGAUUGGCCCCAGAAACAAUGCCAACAGUUGAAACGGACAUUCGGCUUCCAAAAAAACUUUUGCAAACUGGAACACUUACUUCUGGGUUUGCGACAUUCGGGAGUCGAUUUGUUCAGGAGCCAAGCCAUUUGGGAACCAAGGUACCACUGUAAUGGGCUAUUUUAAUAGGCAUCAAUCUCUUUCUGUUGGGCUUUGCACUGCCCUGUAAUUUCAAUUUAUUAUUAUUAUUAUUAUUUAUUUGGCAGGUUGCCUUUGAUAAACUGUUAUGAUGGAUGGCCACAUAUUCUUGGGGUUGAAUCAAUACAUCAGUGGAGCAGACACUCACGCAAUGGGAUUUCCCCUUCCUCUUCCAUAACCCUCCAGAGCAGAUUUGGGAGGAAUGUAAGGAGCUGCAGAGUGGCGAAGAAGGGCAAUUCCCAUUGUGCAGAUGGAAAUCUGCUCACUUCACCCUAUGUUGAAUUCCUUGGCCUUUAGUAGCCAGGACCCUGCUGCACCACUAACUAAAUCUGGUGUCAUCAACCCUAAAGGGGAUGCAGCUGUACAGUUUGGCCCACCUGCUGUCACUGAUGCAAAACUACAAACUUUAUUAUUGAUUGACUACAGGAUGAUAUAGCCCGUUCUUCUGUGUGGCAUCUCAUAUUGUCAGCUGCAUAAGUCUCUGAUGGAAAAUAGCAUGGUGCCAGUUGCACUUUUUGAUGUGCAUUUUUUGUCAAUAAGCAAACUUAGGUACUCAAGCAUAAUUCCUGCAAUGAACAUUUUGCCUUGCAGAGGGUUGGUCUGGAGAACCCUUGGAUCCCUCCCAGCUCUGCAAUUCUAUGAUUAUAUUACUUUUUCCUUCAUUUGAAGAAUGUCCUGCCAAAAGAUAGGGUAUUUAGAUUGACUGAUAUUGGAGUAAUGGUUCCAUGUGUUUUUUCCCCCCUUUGCACAUACAGAACUCUAAAACGAUAUGCAAUAAAAUCACAUGCCCAGCUGUUCACUGUGUCAGCCCCACUUUUAUUGAUGGCGAGUGCUGCCCUGUCUGCUCUCACUGUAAGUAUGGCAUGCAAGCAUAGCUUAUUGUUAAAAGCUUGCAUAGUAGGGAAGUCUCAGCUUGAAUACCUCUUGCUGGGUCUACAAAGAGCAAGGCUGCAGAUGAUUCCAGCUAGACUUCCUAAGUUAGUGUUGCACGCUUAACUAGCUAUACACUAUGUGCUGUUACUGCUUGGGUGAUCCCUGAAUGUCUUGCCACCUGCAUAAUUUUCUUCAUUUGAUGAAACUACCACAGGGAAUAACAUAUGACAGAAGGAGGACCAGGAGAGAGGUGCAAGGUUUCUGAAUUCUGGGAUGGUUGCCGUUAUGCUAAGGCAGGGAUGGGGAACCUGUGACCCUCCAGUUAUUGCUGAACUGUAACUCCCAUCAGCCUCAGCCAGCAUGGCCAGGAGUCAGGGCUGAUGGGAGCUGUAGUCCACAUUGAAGUGAUCAUCUUCAUACAGGGAUUUCCUACUUCAGUUUUUACAAGGGGAAGAGGUUGCCAGUUUACUCCUGUGUGAUGCUCACGUUGCAUUAUACAAACCAAGUAUAUCAGUGAGAAGCCUUGAGAAACUACCUUUCUCUCAGAGAGGAGAGAGAUUUGCAUGUGGAGAGCAAAUUUUCAAAUGGGACACUUAAAAAGAAGAUGUUAUUGAAGUAAAUAAAAAAAAAAAGGUACAAAAAAGCAACACAGUAUAUCUGGCAGAGACUUACUAUUAAGUUGGUAUAGUACUUAAGACCAUUAGGAAAUCUACAUAUCACAUUGCACUGUGCAGAGGGAGUCCUUUGUGUCUACCUUAGUUGUAUAUAAGAUAAAUUCCCACCAAACCACAUAGAAUUUUUCCAGGGUCCAUCAAGCCUUUGGCAACAUGUAAUUUAUGAGUUCUUUUUUUCAGUUAAUGCUAAAAUCCACAUAUUAUUAUACUAAAGCGAAUGUCACAAGUCCUGUAAGGUUUUCCAUUUGGGGGCAACUGAGGUUUUGGCAGCCACUAGUAGCCACGUCAAGAGGUCCUGAGAGCUGAAACUUAUCAAAUUGUUUGCCCCAUAAAUUUCGUAAACAAAGUGGCAGUGAGGUUGGAAUGUGAUGUUUGAGUAUUUUGCUCAUUUCUUGACAAUUGUCCAGAAUUUGAAUACUUGUGAGCAGCCCCAACACAGAACACUAUUGGAGCACAUAGCUUUACAGACCAAAUGGACAAUAUGCUUUGAUGGUGAUGUGUAAGACAAACAAUGCCAGCAAUAAUAAUGUGUUGCUGGUUGGGCUGUGUCUAUUCAGUGCUUCAGGCUGUAUAUGGGCUUAAGCUUUGAAGAGCUAACCCAACAGAUGCACUGGUUCACCUGUUUGUUUUGGCUUUUUUUUGGCUCCCUAAUGUAUCUGCAAAUUCCAGCAGACUGUGAACAAGACAAUUCAGGGCACCUCUAUGAUUCUUCUGAUUUGCAGCUGACGACAGUGAAGAAGGCUGGUCACCCUGGUCUGAAUGGACAGAAUGCUCUGUCACUUGUGGAUCUGGAACCCAGCAGCGAGGAAGGUCAUGCGAUGUCACCAGCAAUACUUGCCGAGGGCCCUCCAUUCAAACAAGAACCUGUUCCCUCGGGAAAUGCGACAAUCGCAGUGAGUGUUUGUAAUGUCAAGCUUUUAUCUUUGUAACUUCUCCUUUGCUUCUCAAACAAGCAAAUGCCACUCACCUGGAAUCAAUCUUGUAUGCAAAAGAAACACAUCCACACAUGAAAGCGCCUGUGUGACAUUUUUUUUUAGAUUCAUCAGAUGUUAAGAUGUGACCUGAACUACUCCCCUUACCCACAAGGCAAAGAGGUAGAUAAUAGAUAAUUGACAGGUGAGGACACUGCUCUUUGUGGCCCACAUAUCCAGCUAUGGUUAGCACAUGGGGGCAGUAAACGUAUGGCCACUUUGACACUGAUAGACAUGGCUGAAAGUUGGUGUGGACUGUCAGAUAAUCACAGCUGCCAUUGGUAUUUGUACUGCAGAUACAGUUUUCCUUACGUUGCUAGGCAUUAAAGGGGAAUUUCCAUUAGAGCCUUUGAGGAUUUAGGGACAGGGCCUUGAACUGUGAUUCUUUUUCUCUCCUUGAUCAGUACGACAAGAUGGCGGUUGGAGCCACUGGUCCCCUUGGUCUUCCUGUUCUGUGACCUGCGGGGUAGGCAACAUAACUCGCAUACGUCUCUGCAAUUCCCCCAUCCCGCAGAUGGGUGGGAAAGGCUGCAAAGGAAGCGGAAGGGAAACAAAAGAAUGUGAAGGAGUCCCAUGUCCGAGUAAGUGUUUUGGUUUGAAUUCUCAGCCUCUGGUAAGAAGAAGAAGAAGAGUUUGGAUUUGAUAUCCCGCCUUUCACUCCCCUUUAGGAGUCUCAAAGCGGCUAACAUUCUCCUUUCCCUUCCUCCCCCACAACAAACACUCUGUGAGGUGAGUGGGGCCGAGAGACUUCAAAGAAGUGUGACUGGCCCAAGGUCACCCAGCAGCUGCAUGUGGAGGAGCGGAGACGCGAACCCGGUUCCCCAGAUUAAGAGAUUACCGCUCUUAACCACUACACCACACUGGCUCCACAAAGGCUGCAGUCUAGAUGUUAACAUUACUCAAGCUGAAAGAACCUAUCCUAUACAUUUGGGAUCAGCAACUGGGGCUUUGUUAUACUGAAUCCACAUCAACCUGGCUCUUCAGACAAAGUGAUAAAAAGUAUGCAUGCCAUAAAGGAAUCUAUGGCAGUAGAACUUUCCAACACACUAUUUUAGAGGGUCUGCCUUGAACGGGCAACUUUUUACUCACUUUUCAAAGUACCCCUUCUGGAAAGCUGGUUGCUGUGCAAGGCAAUAAAUAAAUUAUGUAACAGGUGGUGUGGUGGCAUCACUCAUCUGACCUCUGGUCUACCAGGAGGUAGAGGGGGAAAGCAUGAGUUGGCAUGGUGGAAAUGCACCAGUGAGAACACCAGAUCAACUCACUCUACUGCCUCCCAUUCCUGGUAAGAGGUAGCAAUGCAGAAGUCAGGUGACUGAUGGUGCCCCACCAUGUGGUCCACUACUGAAUAGGAUAUCAUAACAUUCUACUAGACUUAGGCUGCAUUUCUGUGCACAUUUACGAGACAGUAAGACCCACUGAAAUCAAUGGAACUCACCUAUGUAGGUGUCCACUAUUUGUUCAGAGGUUUCCUAGGCUUAUAUUGGAUAGUGUAGGUGUUCUACAAUUGAUGUUCUAUAGUGGAAGCCUAACAUUAUUCUCAUUAUUUGAGUUUAACAACAUCUACAUGAAAAGCAUGUUCUAGCAGGAGAGUGAAAUCUACAGUUCCAUAUUUAACCAGUAAUGAAAUUCAAAUAGAAGAACCUCAGUCUCUGUCAUGAAAUUUGCAUGUUCCUAUUAUCUUUACUUCAAUGAAAAGGGGCUGAAACUGCUAUAGCCUGAGGAUGUGCAAUGUUUUCAAAAACUGAUAUCUACCUUUCAACUACUAAUUGCUUCUUCACAACCUAUUUGUUGAUCAUUCUUCCUGAUUUGUUCACCUACAGUUUGCAGGGAGGUGAGACAAUGUCAGCUUUAUAGUGAGCAUUCAUUCUGAUUAGGAGGCUAUAUAAGAACGUCUUCCAGAUCUUUCCUCCAUUGAUUUCUGUACUGCAAAAUGUAUUGGGGUUUUUUUGGGGUGGGGUUGGAUGUGAGGGUAAAGCAGAUUUGUUGUGCAAGAGCAUCAAAUCUACUUUGAUUGUGCAAUCUGAAUUUGCCAGGGUGCAUCUGAAUCCCACUUGCAAAAUCACACCCAGAGUCUUUUAUAUGAAAAUGACAUAAUUCAGAUUUGUUGCAUGUAUUUGUAUAUAUGCAUGGGCAAAGUCAUGUGGAGAGAAAGCUGGGAUAGAUUACUAUAUGAGCAAAAAUAUGCAUUCUUUCUUGCACUGCAUUUUCCUUCCGGACUGCCAGUUGUCUUAUUGGAUUCAGGGGACUGAAGAGGCUGCCAUCUAUAACCCUUUUGUUUUAGUUACCCCAUUGAAGUGAAUGGGGUACUUCUGAGUAGGAGGAUUGUGGAUUAUGGCCAAAAAAGAGUUUGCAAUUUGAGCAGAUUUUCAAUUUGAGCAGAUUCUUUUCAGGUUCCUUGACUAGACCAGAAAGACAAUUUGUAUUCAUUGUACUAGUGAAGUGGCCAGGUGAAAUAACCUCUUGACAUCACUGAAUGACACCACUCUGUGCUGUCAGUGUUUUGUUUUCUUGACUGUACUGUGUUUGCCCAUACUAAUUUUUCCUGUUGUCUGUCCAACUCCAGUCAAUGGUCGAUGGAGCCCUUGGUCUCCUUGGUCUGCAUGCACUGUUACCUGUGGCGGAGGCAUUCGGGAAAGAUCUCGUCUCUGCAACAGCCCAGAGCCUCAGUAUGGUGGAAAGGCAUGUAUGGGAGAUGUCAUACAGCAUGAUAUGUGCAACAAACAGGAUUGUCCAAUAGGUGAGUGUGGAGUGUGGAUAGUUAGCUGUGUUUUAAACAAAGAUACCCAAGUAUACUUCAUGCCUCACAUGGGAUCUGGUACUCCAAACCAUUCUGCUAAAUCAGCCUAAGAUUUUUGGAGCAGCAACUGCACAGUGGCAGAACAUAGGAUUUGUAUGCAGCAGACUUUGGGCUGGGUUCAACUAAUGGGUCUUGCUUGUGGAAGCUCACACAAGGACUUUUGCCAGCACAAUGGGGCUUUCUCCCCACUCCCGAUUGGCUUGGGAUGUGUGUGUCAGAAGAACAGUGCACAGGGGAAGGAGAGGAGAGAUUGCUCCUCUAGCACAAGCCUGACAGAACAAUUUCCUUAAUGCUAUAUUGAAUUCCUCCUCUGAGAUUCAGUCACUGCCAUCUUCAGUUAAAAGGAUCUUGGCUGAGAGUGCUAAGAAAGGCACUGGAGAGUGGCUUCCAGUCUGGAGUAGACAUUUUGAGCUAGGCAGUUUCAGACAUACUCCAUCCUUACUGCUGUGCCUUCGUAUACAACUUGUCCUUUUGGCAUCGUCUAUCUGGGACUGGUAUAAAAUAUAUUUGUAGUAAUUUUUAAUACAGUUGCUUCGAAGUGGGUGGGGAGAUUUAAUAUAGAAAUGAUGUAAAGCUGUUUCCUCUAUAUUCAGAUAAGGAGAUUGGCUUAGUACUGACACAAUUAAUGCUCUUUCCCCUUGCUUUGGCAGAUGGUUGUUUGUCAAACCCUUGCUUUCCCGGAGCAGAAUGCAACAGCUUCCCAGAUGGUUCUUGGUCCUGUGGUGCAUGUCCUGCUGGUUACCUUGGAAACGGAACAGUCUGUGAAGACCUUGAUGAGGUACGCACAGUUUUGGUUCAUACAGAAAUGCUGCUUUUACCCCACCCAAUGGAAACACUUAGCCAACUUCGUUGGAGGUUCCUCAGUGAUAUAACUCAAUACUUCUUUCUGGUUGUGUGUGUGUCUUUGUUUUUUGCAGUGUGCAGUAGUGCCAGACGUUUGCUUUAAGUUAAAUCAGAACCACCGUUGUGUAAACACCAAUCCUGGAUUCCAUUGCUUGCCAUGCCCUCCUCGCUACAAAGGAAGUCAGCCUUAUGGGGUGGGCCUAGAGGCUGCCAAGAAAGAAAAACAAGUAAGUGCUGUUGAAAGAAGGCCAGUAACGGGAUGGAAAAUGUGAUACAUCUGCUAUAAAAGUAUGGCACAAAGAGGGUGAUGAAGUAUCAGUCCUAAAGACUUCAUUGUCCUGGAGCAUCUCGAAAUGAGCAAGAGUGCAACUUGCAUGUUUAUAAUGUACCCUUUAGAUUGGAAACCUGACAUUCAAAACCACUCCAAACUUUUUAAUAAAUUGAUCUCAAAAGUCAUUUCUUUAUAUUAAAAAAAAAAGAUGAGGGCCAAUUGAAAAGGGCCAAGAAGGUGUAACAGUGCACAAGAGGAAAGGGAUUAAUUCUUCAUAUAGCACAGGAUGUAGUGAUGGCCGCUAACUUGUGUUGUGAUAGCUAUACAUUAUCCCCAGUAACAAAGGCAAUAUGCCUCUCUGACUGAACACAAACAGGGAGAGUGCUCUCAUGCUCCUGUUCUGUUUCUGGGCUUCUCAUGCUCAUCUUGUGAGAACAAAAUGCUGGAGCAGAUGGGUCUAUGGUCUGAUCCAGAAAGCCUGUUCUUAUGUUAGCCCUUCAGCCACAGGUUCUUCACUAACAUAUUCUUAAUGCAUUGCACUUGAGAACCAGCACAAAAGGGAUUGUUUGACACACUCUGUAUGAAAUAGGUCACUUUGGGGAGAUCUUUAUUCAGUGAACACGAGAAAAUGCAACUAAAUUAGAUUUGAUAAAAAGACAUGCCCCACCCUCAUUUUAAAAUAGUUUCAUUGGGUUUUACUCAGUCCCUUCAUAGUUCUCCGUGUUCUGGCUGACAUGGUUUGUGAAGUCUAAAUGUGAAACAUCCGUUAAUGUUAAACUACUCUAGCAAAGCUGUCAAUCAAAACAAUAGCAAUACAGAAGUACCAGUCAGGACUUGUGGAAAAGAAACCACAGUCCAUUAGGCUGUCUCUCUAUGUAAAAACAAAAACAAAAAACCCAGAGGCAGCUAAAUAGCUGGUUUGGUGCUACAUCCUGAAACUUCUGCAAAGGAAAUGGGUGGGGUUGAUUUACGUUAGUUAAUGACAUCCAGAAUCAGCAGAUGUAAGAGAAUUUUGUGAAGUAAUGUAAAAUUCUGCUUAAGGCGACUCUUUAGUUAAAUAAAGCAUUAUUCAUAAUUACUGUAUUGACAAACGUGUGCAGCUAAUUAGCUCAGUCAGCAAGGAAAUGUUCCUUGAGGCUCUGCCCAGGAUUUUAAUAAAAGGUUGUUAAAUCUGAGCCCAGCUAAAGGAUGUGUGGCUCAAAGCUCAACAAUAUUAUGGGAAACUAAAACUGCUGUUUAUCUACUCUUCUGAAUAAUCAGAUAUUUUGGAUGCUUCAUGUGUCAUUUGAGGGUAGCGUGUUGCAUGCUUGACUAUCGGUACUGAAAACUGUUUAAAAUGAGGUAUUUGAAAAACAGACAUUUUUGGCCAACUUAGCUGAAUUCAAAUUUGCCUUUGAAUGGUUUUUCCAGCUCUAUGUGGAACUGAGUAGGUCUUGCCAUCCAAAGCAUCUCUUCUCUUGUGUUGUUAGCACAAUUCUCACCCACAGAUACUGUUGUGGUCCCAGCCAUUCCAGGCAGGUUUUCCUGGUCCCAGCCACCAUAUAUUGUCCUGUUCCUAAAGUCACCUGUACUGCAGAAAGCAUCCUGCGAAUUCUUUUCAAGUAUUGUAACUUGCUAUGAUGAGGAUGACAUCAAAGCAGAUAUAUAAUAAACAAGCUCAUGUCCCUGUAGCUCAUAAUACAUUUAUUUAGAGAAAAUAAAAUGGGAUACCUUGCAUCAAAGCAUCACUGUCUCCUCCUCCAAUUUAGCUGGGGUGUAGUGCUGCAGUUAACUUAGCUUAAUUUAGCCCCAGACCUGCAGUACCCUUAUGCCCCUACAGAAGCAUGGUCUGAAUGAUUAUGAUUUGCUUUUUCAGGUAUGUGAACCUGCCAAUCCUUGCAAAGACAAGACACACAACUGUCACAGGUCAGCCGAGUGCAUCUACCUUGGGCAUUUCAGUGACCCCAUGUACAAGUGUGAAUGUAGGACAGGCUAUGCUGGUGAUGGAUUCAUUUGUGGUGAAGAUUCUGACCUGGAUGGAUGGCCCAAUCAUAACUUGGUCUGUGCUGCCAAUGCAACUUAUCACUGCAUAAAAGUAAGUAAGAAGAAAUGGAAACACAUAAAUGUCUCAAUGAAGGGCAGUUAAUGAAGGGCAAGUCUAGUGAUAGCCUCCAGUGACCAUCAUUUUCUGAACGAUUUGUUAGGCCACUGUUGAAAUGAAUAUUUUUCCAAGGUUGCUAGGUCUCUCAGUUAGAGAAUCUGUUCAUUUUGGGCUCCUAGUCUACAAAAAUUAUAUUCCUCUUAUGAUCCAUCAAAAAGAUAUGACUGGAUAGACAUGUCAGAAUCAGGGUCAUUCUACUGAAAUAGCUGAAUGCACAAUCUAUUAUUAUUAUUAUUAUUAUUAUUAUUAUUAUUUAUAUACUGCCCAAUACCCGGAGGUCUCAGGGCAUCUCAUUGCUUCAUGCAAGGGCUGUGCUUCUGUCACCUUGGUACACCAUCCUUUCAUCACAAAGUAUGGGUUAGUCAGGUUACUGAUAACAUACCCUCUCAACAAGUUAACCAAAUAAACCAGUGAAAAGCAGAUGAGUAAGUGCUGAAGGCAACCUUUAUCAAACCGUCAAAAACAAUACAGCACCAAAGUAUAUCACACCCCAACAGCAAGUGAAUUGAAACAAACCAGAAUUUUGUGCCUUACUUUAAACUGCGAGAAAUGCUUGUAACUUGAAGCCGAAUGUGACUUUAUAAGACUGGGGGAUGGAUCUAGGAAUGGAUUUCUCUUUUCCUGCUUUUCCAUGAACAGGGAGGGAGUAUUAAAUGUUCCUUGAGCAUACAAUUGAGAUGUCAAAUUCUUUCAGCCCUGGCUAAUGUCUGCUCAUUUGUUAAUGUGACCAGCUCAGCAUAUAUGCUUCUUUCUUUCUUUCUUUUUGGUUCCUGUCACCAGGACGUACUUCAUUUGAUUCAAGUAGAAUCAAGAACUGCUUUCAUUGAAAGACAAAAAACAAAACUCAAACAUGCGGAAUUCAUUUAGGGGAGGUUCUUCCCAAAAGCCAAACCCAUUAUUUUUGUAGUACAUAUGUUGAUUUAAUAAAGGUUAAAUGCUUUCCUUUAAAGCAAUCUAGCAAAAAUAUAAGGUGGUAACCAUCAUCGGAUAUCAUUCCACUUUAGCAAUAUAAUCCAACACAAACCAAAGGCUGCCUAAAAGUGUGUGAAAAUUAAUUGGAUACAUAUGCAUGUUGACUUUAGAAAAGACUUCAAAAUUCCCAUUUUGAAUUCGCCCAGUGCCGUAUUUUGGUCUCCGGAGGGGCAUACAAACAUUUAGUCAGAGUUUGGCAUUAUUAUCAAUUUGUGAAAUAGAAGCAUGUGCCAAUCUGGGGUUGUCUGUUUUUAUAGGAUAACUGUCCUCUUCUGCCUAAUUCUGGACAAGAAGACUUCGAUAAAGAUGGAAAGGGAGACGCCUGUGACGAGGAUGAUGAUAACGAUGGUGUUGAGGAUGAUAAAGUAAGCUUGUUUUCAUUAACCCAUCUUCUCCUUUCAGAAGAAAUAAAUAUGGACACCAUUAAGAAGUUGUUGGUAUAUUUGCUGCAUUCUCAUUUCUCUACGUCUGUUGUCAGAUAUCAGAAUUUAAACUGUACCAUUUGGGAUACCACUAUUGCUUACAGAUGUCGCUGAUCAUUACAUGUUCCACAUUUCAGACCAACAGAAAUUCUCAAAGAAUGGUGCACUCUAUGGGAUUUUUACAGCUGUUUUGUUGGCUUGUCGUAUUCAUAUGGGGAAAGGUUGAAAGACAUUGACUCUAGCAGAGUGUGUCAGAGAGUGAUAGUCUUACAUAUGCCUAAUUUGAUGCUAAUUUACUAUUAUUAGCAGUAUUUACAUGAAACCCUUGGGAACCCCAGUAGGUGUAUGCUAUUUGAUUUACAGAAAGGGAAAAGGUUGAUUGGAAAUAUAAUGGUCUCUGAGCUAUGCUUACACCUCUUUUCUUUAAUCUUUUUCCUUUUUUAGGACAACUGCCCCCUUAUUUUUAAUCCUCGUCAAUUUGAUUAUGACAAGGAUGAAGUUGGUGACCGCUGCGAUAAUUGCCCCUAUGUGCACAAUCCUGCUCAGAUUGACACCGACAAUAAUGGAGAGGGUGAUGCAUGUGCGGUGGAUAUUGAUGGCGAUGGUAAAUUCUUAUUCAUUCUCAUAUAUUUUGUUUCUGUUCAACGUGGGAGAAACUGGUUCAAAAUAAGCUAUUGCCCUCACCCUUGUGAACAACUCUAUCAAAUAAAUCCAUGCAUUGAAGGCAAAGGAUAGGGUUGCCUCAUUUGCAAAAAGGAGGACGCUAUGAUGACUCUCAUUUUAAACACCCCUCCUAUAUGUAGGUUAGGGCAAGCAUUUUCAACCACCAGUUAUGUCUAUGAAGGAUUUCUUAAUUAAAUGAAAUCUUAGUGGUGUACCUAAAACUUAUGGUUUGGUGGGGUUUACUGGGCAAAUAAUUUCAUGGUAAAGUUUUUGCCAUUUCUUCAAACCAGUUCUGGAACAGAAUGGACUAUUUGCAUAGUCUCUCUGACAAGUCUUUAAUGAUCUUAUAAUGGGAGAGGUACUCUUUAAGAACCCAUGUCCCAUUUUUAAGAAUAUAACAUUCACUUGAUAUAAUAAUUUCAAAAGUAAUGAAAAUUAUGGCCCAGCAAUACCCAUAUUCUUUCUAAUUAUUUAUGCUGUCAAAUAUGCUCGCAUGAAGAGCCACACUUGAACUGCCAGCCAAAUCAAAUGUCUUCACCCAAUGUGUUUGCCAAAACGCCUUGGGAGAAAAAAGGAAAUUUCUUUUGGAUGCUAGAAUAAUAAGGAUCCCAAGUUACAUUUUUGGCUCAGGAAGGAGGAAAAAACCAACAGUGACAUUUCAGGUUAUUAAACUGGCAAACCUGACCUGAACAGUAGCCCAGUACUGAAAAAACCUACCAACCUAAAUAUCUUUGGUGUUUUUGGAAUGCCUCUAGGCUUGUGGUUUUUGGCAUGACUUGGAAGCAGAAGCUUCAGUGUCCUUAGAGGGACGUUGCUGCUGCAUUUCCUGGCAGAUGAAUCCCAGUUUUCAGCACUGGAGAAAAAACCCCUGUUAAGCCUCAGAUUUGAUUCAAUAAAUGUGUAAAGUGUUGGAUGUGUGUAUCAGUAGAUAUCUAAAACCCUUGAAGGUUUUCCAUAGUAUGGAGUUUCCAUUAACACUCGUGGUUAUUUAUUUAGACAUAUCUAAAUAUCCAAGGCAGCUUACAAUCAAAAUAUAUAUCAUUGCAAAAAUAAAUAAAUAAAUAAAUAAAUAAACCAGUAUUCCUGGAAAGGGUUUUCUUCUCGUCUCCUGCAAAUAUUGUAAGAAUCAGCAAAAACUUUUAUUACUAAAAAAUAAAUGAAAUCUGAAAUCUAAAACAAAACUGCAUAAACCUCAGGUCAGCUCAGGGGAUACAUUUCAUAGUAAAUUUUAUAGUAUUGAUUUAGGACAUUUGUUGACCGCCUAAUCAACAGAUUGCUCUGGACUGUUUACACAGAGUUCAAACAAUAAAAAUAUACUAGGGGACUGCACAAACCACAAGAUUUGGAUCAGACCUCAUUUUGCUGCUUCAGAAAACUGUUUGCCUUGGUCCAAGUUGUUUCAUAAGCUGCCUAUCAGAGUACUGCUCUCUCCCAUUCACUAUUGGAUAAAAUCUGAAAAGUUGGACUGCCCUAUCUUGAAAGGUCUGGAUGAAUCAACUACCUUCAAUUGAGAAUGGAAGCUGAUAGGUCAUCAAUUGAUUUGUCACAAAACAGGGUGGUUUUGUUCUUACCUUCUCACCAUCACCAGAAAAUGUGUCAGGCAAAGCUUUUAUGUGACCAAGAGUUGGGCAGAGAGGGGUCACCACAGAGCUGAAUUAGGGAAAGAUCCACUCUAAAAGUAUUUCACCAACCAUGGGAUCAGCUAGUACAACCCUACAGACUUUAUAGUAUUUGUAGCCUUGUAUAAAAGGGGUUGUAAUUUAGGGAAGGCACAGCAAGACAAGCGCACCCCAGUUAACAAGCAAAGGACAAAGCAGUAGUGCUAUCAGUUCAAGAUACAAUGUGUGCCACCUAGCAUGGAGAGAUCAGGCUUAAAUACAAAAGCUCACUGGGUGACCAUGGUCCCAUCACUGUCUCUUGGACGCACUUAGUUUCCACUGAGAAUAAAAUGGGGGAAAUUCUCAUUCAUGGUUGUGCUAGUUUCUUGGAAACCAGUGCAUGUUGCUUUAUGCAAGUGGAAUCUGAACAUAACACUUUUGUUUGAAUUGCUUUUUCCCCAUCCUGGCAGAUGUUUUCAAUGAACGCGAUAACUGCCCAUAUGUCUACAACACAGACCAGAGAGAUACAGACGGAGACGGAGUUGGUGAUCACUGCGAUAACUGCCCACUGGUGCACAAUCCUGAUCAGGUAAGUAGCACAUACAAGGGGGGACUGUAUGGAUGUGAAGAACCUCUGCCUUCACCCUUGUAGAGGUACCACUACACUGUACUGUGUACUAUUAAGACAGGCUGCCUUUUGCCUGCUUUGAGGGAUAUUUCAGCAAGGCUUGUUGUUCCUUUCUUCCCUUUUCAAGAUCUAAAUUCAUACCUGGUUGGAUUUAGGGGUAAAGAAGGUUUUUGUUAUUGCAGAGAUACUCAGUGUUCCAAUUAUAUGCUUUAGGGGGUAGAUUGUUUCAAGAUGCAGGAAAGCAAGAAUAAAGGAGAGCUUUCGUUCAUGAAUAGUCUUCCAUCCCUCUUCCUAACAGGGAGUCUGCUAGUUUGAGUGCAGGUUCAUACAUGCAUUCAGCAACAACCCUGUGAGGUGAUGACUUGUAUGUGUGACAUCAUACAUCCAACACCACAUGUGGAGAUUCCACUCCCAGCCUGCAAUAUUUUCAAUGGAGGCAGCUCACACAUUCAGUUCCAAGUCAUCCACCACUAGAAUCCUGUGCAUGUCAACUCAGAAACUCUGACUCCCAGUUUCACCCCAGGAACAUCUCCUGCUAUUUUCUCAAUUAAUGGUAAAAAAAAAGGUAAAGGACCCCUGGAUGGUUAAGUCCAGUCAAACUUGACUAUGGGGUUGUGAUGUUCAUCUCACUUUCAGGGAGCCAGUGUUUGUCCACAGACAGCUUUCCGGGUCAUGUGGCCAGCAUGACUAAACAGCUUCUGGCGCAACGGAACACCGUGACAGAAACCAGAGCGCACAGAAAUUCCCACCACAGCGGUACCUAUUUAUCUACUCGCAGUGGUGUGCUUUUGAACUGCUAGGCUGGCAGAAGCUGAGACAGAGCAACGGGAGCUCACCCUGUCACGGGGAUUCGAACUGUCAACCUUCUAAUCAGCAAGCCCAAGAGGUUCAGUGGUUUAGACCAACCACAGUGUCACCCGUUUCCCUUUCUCAAUUAAGCCUCAAUAUAUAUAAGAGAUUGCCUCUUUCUGAUUGUCACUAGUUUCUCGCCAGGUUGGUUCUGAUGAAGGAGAAGGUGGGGAGCACAUGACAUUUAUGUGUGAAACAAACUGUGUGCCUCUGGGAGAGAUUAUGUAUAUGCAUGGGCUUUUUUUUAUUUGGCCCACCAGGCAUUUUAAAAUGGGUAACACAACUCCCAGACCACAAUGGGCUUUCCAGCUUUGCAUUUCAGAAAUGCUACGUUCUAGACUUACUUGUAAUUCUAUUCGGGAAGUGGGAGGGGAAACCACCCAGUUUACGUAGAAUUAAUAUGGUUCUGUUCAGUCACAGGGCACAUGUUUAUAUUAAAGGCAAAUGUUGGUGGCAAACUGCAUGGUUUGAGGUAAAUUGAAUGCCUAGGUUAUUUUAAAAAAGAAGGAGCGCAGCUUUUCAAGUUUUCAAAGCUCUGACACAACAGCUUUGCCUUUGAUUUGGAUGAAUGGUCUGGAAUUUCUAAUUGCGCAAAGUUAUUGCCGUUGGCUUCUCGGGGCAUAUAUAUACAUAAAAACCCUGAAAGCAGCUGAGGUCAACAGCAGUCACUCAUAACAUAAGAAUGCUGCCUAGGCAAAAGAAGUUUCUCACGAGAGCAGCGCCACUUUUCUCAUCUGCAAAAUCUUACAAAGGGGCCUAAGGCUAGAACUGAGAUCUGUUGAGGACGUCAAAGGUCUUCCUGUGUGUUGGCACCAAUUUCAUUCAUUAAAAUGCCUGCAUUGCAUUUUCAUCUUGCACUCUUCCUAACAGAUACUUUGGGGGCAGAUGCCAAAUGCUUACAGUAUGAAAACAGAUGCAAAAAAGAGAGAAAAGACCACGAUUCUGGAAGAAUUAAUGUUGGAAAAAUUGUAUGAGUUAAAGAUCAGUUAGAAAACAUCUCUUCAAGCAUACUGCCACCUACCCUGAUAAUCCACUUUUUUUAAAAAAAAUAAUAUUUAUUAAUUUUCAACCAUUUAAACACAACAAAACAGAAAGACAAAAAAAGAAAGAACAAAAAAAAGAAAAAAAGAAAACGUAAAACUAACAAAGCAUGACACAAACCAUUUCAAACACAGAACAAUUUCAAUGUCUUAUCUUUCGUUCCCUUAUUUCCACGACCUCCUCACACUUCCCUUUCUGUUUUCCACUUCUAUUAAUUAUUUCAGCAAUUCCUUUCCAUCUUCCUCUGUUUUCUAUCCUAUAAUUAUCUUAACAUAUUCUAGCCUUAUUUUCCCUUUAAUACACUAUUAAUUUAUUUAUACUUGAUUCCUUAUAGCAUUUCUACUAAAGCCAUAUAACUUCAUUCCAACAUUUUUCUAACAUUCAUUAUUUUUACAGUAUUUCUAUAAAUAGUCUUAAACUUUUCCCAGUCUUCUUCCACCAGCUCUUCUCCCUGGUCUCGGAUUUCUGCCAGUCGUUUCCGCCAAUUCCAUAUAGUCCAUCAACUUCAUCUGCCAUUCUUCCCGAAUGGAUAAAUCUUGUGUCUUCCAGUACUUCACAAUGAGUAUUCUUGCUGCUAUUGUUGCAUACAUGAAACAAAUUCUAUCCUUCUUUAACACCAAUUGGCCGACCAUGCCCAGGAGAAAGGCCUCUGGUUUCUUCAAAAGGGUAUAUUUAAAUACCUUUUUCAUUUCAUUAUGAAUCAUCUCCCAGAGUGUCUUAAUCCUUGGGCAUGUCCACCAAAGGUGAACUCUAAUCCUCAUAUUCGUCUGUUUUUCCUUAAGUUCAGUCAUAGUGAGCGUCAACUUAUGUUCAUCAAAUUGCCUCUGUAGGGCUGGGGCUCUUUCUCUUUCUCUCCAGUUGUGUUACUUUACCUUCAGCAGCAACAGCUUUUUCCCUUACUUCCUCCACAGCUUGCCAUAUCAAAGUAGGUUCUUGUAUCAAUUUCUGGGUGGUUUCUGUAUUGGUAUUAUCCAUACUCCCUGCAUUCAAGUCAACCUCAGUAAUUGAAACAUCCACUUUCGCAUUUAUCAUGUCCAUUUUCCUGUGAAGCUGAUCCAAUGAGCCAUUUAUCUUCUAUAAUACAGCCACCAAAGCCUCUUCUGUCGACAUUCCUCUUGGUUUCAAAUAUACUAGUACAAAGACAGCAACAAAACAAAAAAAACAAAAAAAACCAGGAGGGCCUAAUGAUAGACCUCUCCUGGAUUGUUACCAAGUCCUCCCAGACCUUAUUGUUUUGUCAGCAGUUGACUGGUCUGUUUUUCCUCUUCCAUUUACCAUAACAUUUGAAAGAUUCAAGGUCAGUCCCAGAGUCUCACGGUUUUUAACUUGCAGCUGGAAAUUCCCCUAGUCCAACUCUUGUAAAGCAACCAGUUUCAAAGGCUUCCACUAGGGGAAAACAGUUUCUAUUUGUAAUAGUCAAUAUUAAACAAUCCAAACAAUCCAAUCUUUUAAACAAUCCAAAGUUAGUUUCAAAUUAGUUUCAAUUUUGAGUUACUUUUACUCCUUUUUAAAGCAGCCGGAGACAGUAGAAACAAUGUAUUUCUCUUAUUUAACUAGCUGUCAAUGAACGUUCUAAGCGCUGUCAAUGAACAUUCCAAAAGACGUCAGUCCUACUAGCAGCCCGUUUCCAGGGUCAGAGCGGCGGUGUUUUAAGUCUCUUCGCUCUCUCCCGCAGGCAUACUAAAUCCGCAACUUCUCCCUCUCUUCUGCUGCCUCCAAGAGGGGGUUUAAUGUUUUUUACCGUUGGAAAUUUGAUCUUUUACAAAAGACCUUCCAAGACUCCAGCUUGCAGCUUCAUUGCCUCAGUCUAUUUACAAAAGGGGAAGGCGGACUUCCUGUUUUGAACCUCCCCGUUACAAUACCAAAUUAAACAUUUAGAAAUCCAAUUCUUCUGCUUCAGCUCUACUCACGGGUAAUUACUUUAAAGUCAAAUUGUCCACAGGAAAAGGUCAGCGCUCUCCGGCAACAGCUAUGCGGCUUCGCUCCGUGGAAGAAGCAGACGAUUCGAUGCACCGCGCCGCUCACCCCACAUCGCUCCGGAGCCCCAAAAAACGGGGUUCCCCGCAGUGUGGGGGAGGCGCAAAAGGUGCCCGCUGAAUCCCACGUUCACAGGCUUCUCCCGCCUGUGAUUUUAACGGGUCUCCGCCUUUGCCGCGGCGGCCAGACCCAGAUUCCCACGGAGCGGAUUCCUCCCGGUCAGAGGAAUUCCGCCAUUGCUGGAGGUGCCUCCCCGGAAGUCCACUGGUAAUCCACUUAUUCAGCUUAGCCAGCCUCUGUUCUAUGCAAUAAAUCACGUAGAAACCAUGCUUUCCAAACUUCUGAUAAAUGACACAUUUCCUCCUUCCAUUAAAAUUGGAGGGAUGCUAUGGGCUUGCAUUUGUUUGCUUUUAGGGCUAUAGGUGGGAUAUAAAUUUGUUGUUUAGUAGUGUCCGACUCUUUGUGACCCCAUGGACCAGAGCACGCCAGGCUCUCCCGUCUUCCACUGCUUCCUGCAGUCGGAUAUAAAUACAACAGAUAAAUAAAAGUAAGUAAGUAAUUAAGGGUAUCGGCUUAAGAGUCAGUAGAUUUAAAUGAGGAAUCUGAAAUAAGAAUCUAUUUUGCAAGUUUGGGAUAUCUCAGUAUGUUUAUAGAAUAUUACUUUUCAGAUUGCCUUCAUUAUACAUUAACAUUUCUGAAGGGAACCAUUAACAGUGUGAUCAUGUGUUUCCCCCGCCUUUUUUUGGUUCACUGUUGCAAAAAUUCAAAUCUUGUUUCCUGUCCCCACCUUUAGACUGAUGUGGACAAUGACCUGGUUGGUGAUCAGUGUGACAACAAUCAAGACAUAGAUGAAGAUGGCCACCAGAAUAACAAAGACAAUUGUCCGUACAUUUCCAAUGCCAAUCAGGCUGACCAUGACAAAGAUGGUAAAGGGGAUGCUUGCGAUUCUGAUGAUGACAACGAUGGCAUCCCAGAUGACCGGGACAACUGCCGACUCACAUACAACCCUGACCAGAAGGAUUCCGAUGGUAAGACUAUGGGCACUUUAAAGACAUAUACUGUGGCAUAUCCUUUUGUGGACUACAGUCUCCUUCAGGCAUACGAUGGUGUGUCCCAGGGAUGGAGAAUCUAUUCCCCUCCAGAUGAUGCUAGACUACAAAUCACAUCAUCUCUACCAUGCUGGCUGAGGUUGCUGGGAAUUGGAAGCUGACAACAUCUAGAGGGCCAGAAGCCCACCUUCCCUGCUGCAGUCCAUGAAAGCUUAUGCCAUAGUAGAUUUGUUAGUACCAUAGACUUAGGGGUUUCUUGAGUGAAGACUAAAGAUGGUCCUCUCAAUCCAAGCUGAGCCCAGCAGUAGAUGGUGUGGUGCCCUUGAUCUCUCUCCAGCUGAAUCAUUGCUGCGUACUGGGACUGAAAGCAGGACAGGGGAGGUGGCAGCGAGGUUGGCCUAGUGAAAACGUGCCAGCAGAAAUGCCAGGUUGGCUCAGCCAGUGUAUUUGCAUCUCCAUCUUGUAUCUCCAUCUUGGUUUGCAGCAGUGACUCAUCCACAGGGAGUGGUCAGCAGUGCAGCCCUACCAUAGCAUCUGCUACUGGCUUGGCAUAUGUGUUGGAAAGCUGAUCAAAGUUUGACUUCUUUCUAUCACAGAUGAGUCUGUCCAGGUGUGUUUGCACCCAGCUGCUGGCAUGCCUGUAGUGUUGCAUCCAGUUCUGAAAGUAUUCCUAGGUCUGGAGAAUUCACAGGUGGUCUCCUUUUAAUGGUGUACUUCUUUUAAGCGCAAUGGCAUUAGCAAGUUGAUUUUGUAGGUGGUCAAGCAGGAAGGCCAUGACUGCUUUGUGAUGCUCAGAGCAUCCCUUCGUAGUAGAAUCUGACAAUACUGUACUGUAAUGAAAAACAUUCGUACAGGUUGUUUAUGAGACAUCUUCAUAAAAUAUUCUUUGAGAAGCUAAGAAAGAAAACUGGGAUUAAUAACUUCUGCAAAGAAUUAUAGCUUGAACAGAGUACUGAAGUGAGAUGACUAAUAAAAUUAGCAUUAUUAUUGUUGUUAUUAUUAUUAUUACUAUUAUUAGCCACCCAUCUGAUUGGGUUGCCUCAGCCACUCUGGGCGGCUCCCAACAAAAUAUUAAAAACACAAUAAAACAACAACCAUUAAAAACUUCCCUGAACAGGGCUGCCUUCAGAUGUCUUCUAAAAGUCAAAUAGUUAUGCAAGAAUAUGUUUAGCAUCCCUUAGCUCAUCAAAGGUACACCCAAACACAUCCUUUUGCUGAAAUCUUUAUGAGGGUUUUCUGCCUGGAGUAAUCUUACUAAAUAGUUUUAAUAUAUUUGAAAGUAGUGCUUUGAAAACGAGUGAGCCAAUCCAUAAGCCAGCUGCCUCAAGGUCAUCCAGUGACCUCAUAGCUGAGUGGAGAAUUUGAAUCUGGCUCUUCCUGCUCCUUAGCAGACAGUACACAACACUGGCUCUCAGGUUAAUACCACAGCAGAUCCUGCCCACUUACGUAGUCUGCCCAGUUACGUCUCUAAUCACACAGAGCAGGUGGAGUUUAGAUUUCUCACCAGUUAGCUGUUCUGUGACGGAUACCCCACAGUGUCAUUUGAAUGUAGGGUCAAGAAAUAAGGCAGAAUUUUACUGUGUCCUGAACAGCCAUCUUUCACAGAGCAGACCUCCAAGGAGCCUGUGCUCAUGGCUGGUGGGGCAGAUGCUUUCUAAACUUUUUGAUGAAAAAACAGCCUUGUCAGCAAUCAGCACCACAGGGAACGUAAGAAACAUGUGGUGAAAAAUUAAAACCUCAUUUGGACAAAGAAAUUGCUUCUUUGAUGUUGGCAAGAGAAUAAAACUGGGAACAUACACUUUCCCCCUUAAGUGUAAAGAUAAACACGUUCAGGAGCAUACAGCUGGUCAGAAUUUGGAGUUCAACUUGGCAACCAGCCAGCCAGUCAGUCCGUGGAAUGUGGAGCCAUUUUCUCACAGAGAUGAACUACAAAAAGCAUCUGAGAUGCUUGACUCUGUAUUUUUUUAAAAAAACUUUUUUGGCAGUUCCAUAACAAAGUCUGUCCUUGAGGAUUAGAAUAGAAGAUUGGAGUAGAGAGACAGUGUUCUAAUGAAACAUGCCUGCGAAACAUGUGGUAUGAGUCUCUACUGAUAAGAGAAAUGAAUGCAGACAACAAUAAGUGAAUCUGCAUAAACAUAAUUGGCUGAGAUUCUCAUCAUUCCUCCCCCCCCCAAGCUUAGUGUCCUCAUGAUUGGAGAGAAACACAGAAAUUGUAUUUCCUUAUCAAAGAAAAAGUUUGGGGAAAAUGUUGUAGAAUGUGUGUGUGCGCCUUUAAAAAGGACUUGUGGAACAGGAUUUGCAUGUUGUCUGUGAACACAGAAAACAUAUUUGUGACAUUUCAGUUUUGUUGUUUUGACAUUUAUUUGAAUGUCUACUGUUCUUCAACCCAAAUAACUCUUUAACCCAAACCAAUAUAAAUAUUACAUUCUAGGACACACAGCUUGCAAAGUAUUUACCACAUUGCCAACAUCAGGGCUUCCUUAUAGCAGAUCUGGUGGCUGCAGUCUCUGUUCACUUGAAUGGCUCUGCCUUAAAUACUACAUUAAUCACUCAAGAUUUCAUUAUAGCCACAUUCCAAGUUUUAGGGGAAAAAAUGAUUAUUUAUCCCAUAGCUUAUCACUGCUCUCCCUCCCUCCCUCUCUCACACAGUCUCUCAUAAAUAAAGAGUAGCCAAGAGCUGUUUUAAUAUGAUUUACUGUAAUGCCUUCUUCACUCAUUUGCUACAGAUGUGACAAAAGUACAUGGUCACAGUCUUAAGUAUUCAUGACAGAACAAUGCUGAAGGCAUCUGAUGACAUGGAGAUAAUAUGGAGUUUUAAAAUUCCAAAGCUCCUUUUUAAUAUUGUGGUUCUCCUGGCUUGUUAGGUUAUAUGGAAGUCAUUUGUUUUUGUCAGCAACUGAUUUCCCAGAUGGCCUUGGCCCAUCCCCAGAUUUGCACAGUCCUGUCUGCAAUGCAGAUCCCAUCUUGCACGGAAGGUUGGAGUAGUCACCCACCAAGGUCCCUUGCAACUCACCCACUGCGCUAUCCAUUCCAUUCCCCUGGAAUGGAAGAUGGUAGCUCUUCUUCCCUUAAAUUUGAUUCUGUUGUCUAGAGAAGAUGGCAUGGCUGCUUCCUUCCUUCCUGUCGAACAUGGCUUCUUCCUACAGAAAGAGAGAUGUGUGAAUAUAACGUGAAAACCAUUCAAUGUUUUGUGUGCAUUUUAGGUGAUGGCCGAGGUGACAUCUGCAAAGAUGACUUUGACAAUGACAAAGUCCCAGAUAUUUUUGAUGUUUGUCCUGAAAAUGAUGCCAUUAGUGAAACCGAUUUCAGAAAGUUCCAGAUGGUCCCAUUGGAUCCUAAAGGAACAGCUCAGAUUGACCCAAAUUGGGUUAUUCGACAUCAGGGCAAAGAACUGGUACAGACGGCUAACUCAGAUCCUGGCAUAGCUGUAGGUGAGUAUGAUUCAAAUUGAUGAUAUGAACAGAAUUACACCAAGAGGACAGAGUUUAGUGUUUCACAAGGGCGUCCAUAAACCCAGUAGCUUUUUGGACUUUGUUUUCUUGAAACAGAUUAUAAACUGCUUUUGAAACACAUCUGCCUUGUGUGAUGUUGGGGCCGUAGGUUAAACACUGCAAAUUCAGAACCUGACAGAAUGCAUGAAAUUAGCCACAUGGUUCUCCGAAUUGUGCACAACUAUUAGCUAGAAAUUAGAUUGUCCGAGCUGCUGAUCAGAAGAAGCUGAAAUAUUUGAGGCAGUUUAUAUGUUCAGUUUAAGAAUCUCUUUCUAAAGUUAACAUUCCGAAAUGGAUUUGGAAAAGUUGGAAGCACAGAUAACUUCUGAGGAAUGUUUGGCAAUAAUAAAGAGCUGCCUAAUAACAAGUCAGCAUUCAUAGAUGAUUUACAUUGGAAUAUAUAUAUAUAUAUAUAUAUAUAUAUAUAUAUAUAUAUAUGACUGGAUGGAAUGUAUUAAUCUUUCUGCAUCAGGCUGUGGGACAUAACCCAUAAUAUUGCUCUUGCAUGUGGUAUACAAGCAUUUCAAAAGCAUUCUGUAACUGUCAUUUUUUUCUUUUUAAAUAUUUUGAAGUUUUGUUUUUCAUGGCUGUAGAACUGAACUGAAAAAUGUGAAGGUCCUUCCUAUAUCAAGGUCCAUGUGUGCAUCAAUAAAUAUGCCUAUUUAAAAAUGAUUUCAUUAUAAAGCAAGUAUGAAGUAACAGAAAGGGUAGUGAUUGAUGAAGCCUAGAAACCAAAGAACUGAUAAUAUGACUGGAGAAAAAAAGGGGUGAACCAAAUCAAAUAGCAUCAUAAUAGAAAGUAAUGGCAAGUGCCUGAGACUAAAUGGAUAAUCUAGCUUCUUUCUGCCCAAAUUCUCAACAAGCUGCAAUCCCUUUGGGAACUGAACACCUACAUUUUCUACCCUCCUCCAGGUUAUGAUGAGUUCAGUUCUGUUGACUUCAGUGGUACGUUCUACGUCAACACAGACCGGGAUGAUGACUAUGCUGGGUUUGUCUUUGGCUACCAGUCCAGCAGUCGCUUCUAUGUCCUGAUGUGGAAACAAAUUUCUCAGACAUAUUGGGAGGACAAGCCCACCAGAGCUUAUGGUUACUCAGGGGUAUCACUUAAAGUAGUGAACUCUACAACUGGCACUGGCGAACAUUUGAGAAAUGCCCUUUGGCAUACAGGAAACACACCUGGACAGGUAAGAGGUAUAUGAGUCACAAUAAGCUAAGUGUUCUUCAAAUUGUCCCCUUCUCAUAUACCAUCAUGACAUAGCAUUGGAAACCAUUGUUUUGGUCCUAUCUUUCAUUAUCAUGAUCAAUCAAUGGCCAAGUUUUUAUUUCAUUCUAUUUCUUUUUAAUUGGAUAUUGUCUUGGAAACUUUUGGCCGGGAUUAAACUGCCCCACCCAAGAAGCCUCCACCUCCAGGUUUGACUUCAAUAGUGACCCUGUGUCCAAUUAUUUUCUCCCGUAUUAGUGAAUUGUUGUCCCUUGCUCUUUGCAGGAGAAAGUACAGUUUGGUGCCUUGGAUCACGAACGCCUUGCAAGUCUAAUGUUUUGGGUCCCAAACACCGCAAACCUGGAAAUGAGUGUUCCGGUUUACGAACGUUUUUUGGAACCCAAAUGUUCUGGGUGGCUUCCACGGCUUCUUAUUGGCUGCAGGAGUUUCCUGCAGCCAAUCGGAAGCUGUGCUUUGGUUUCCGAACAUUUUGGAAGCUGAACGGACUUCCGGAAUGGAUUCCGUUCGACUUCUGAGGUAACACUGUACUGCACUUGGGAAUACUUUUGCCAAAUGGGUUUUUUACAUCCAACCCUGAGCAGCCCAGGGAUCCCUUUGUGUAGAAAGACAGUGCACCCUUUACAGCUACCCAAAAUAUGCAACACUCCCUCUGCUCCCUGUCUAAUCACAACAGCAUUUAGCUGGGAAAGCUGCAGAAUGAAUAUCUCAUAUUAACUGACCAAACUGGAGGGGGGCAUAGAAACUAUGGCAGCGCAUUUAAAAUGUGGGUUGUGGUUUCUAUCUAAAAGACAGAGUUUAUAGGAAUUGGAUUUGCCCCACUUGUUAAUGCAAAUCACUCAUUGAAGUGUUGUUGUUUUUUAACUUCUUCCACAGGUACGCACCUUGUGGCACGACCCCAAGAAUAUCGGCUGGAAAGAUUACACCGCUUACAGGUGGCAUUUGGUCCACAGGCCUAAGACGGGAUUAAUAAAGUAUGACAUUUCUUGUAAUACACUGUAUUGCUUUUCCAUCUGAUCAUAAAUGAGGUUUUAUUUAGUGGUUUGUAACCAAAUUCCAGCACUGUCACUUCAUUUAUGGCAGACUUUCGGCACUGGAAGAUUUGGGAGUGUUCCCCAGCUUUCCACGCCAUCAGAUGUGUUCAAUUUCCUUCAAAUGGCUCAUAUAAACACUGCCAUUAUUAGAUAAAAAAAUGAUACCUCCAAAUUUUUGGACUGUUUUUCUGUACUAAUCUGAAUUUUGGAAAAAAAAAAGGAAAAUGUCAAAACAAAGCUAAAAUUAAGAUUGGAAGAACUGAUUUCCUCCUUCUUAGAACUAAAGGGAAUUGAGAUUAAGGCAACUCUAAAUAUUUUCGUAGACUUGUGAUGUUAGCUCUGAUUUGUCCAUCUGAAGCCAGUCUUAACUUAAAUGCAGACAUGCAGCCAUUUAUUCACACAAAUUAUUUCAGUGAAAUACCCCCAUUCUCAUAUGUUUUUUUCAUGAUAAAAUGCCUGCAGUGUCAGGACUCCCAUGCAAAUGUGACAUUGUGUGAGAAUGGUGCAGGCAAUAUGCCUAUUCAGUAAAUAAAACAGACGUUCUUGUCAUUGGUAAACUCAGUCGUAUGGGUCCUUUAGGCAAAUUCAAGUUUUUAAGAAAUAGUAUAUAGUUUGGGCCUUUGUGAUUUACAAUAUAAAAGCACAAAAAUAUAUAACAUAGUAACAAACAACCACUAAAGCACCUCCCCCCCCCCCCCCCGUUUAAAAGGCCAUGUAUUGUUUAAUUAGCCAAAAGACUGGGAGAAGAGGAAUGUUUUGCCUGGCAUCUGUACAUGUCGGGAGCUUUUUACAUGGGGGGCAUUUAAACAGGUAAUUUUCUCAUUUCCCACUAGAGAGCCCUUGAGAGCCAGUGCGGUGUAGUGGUUAAGAGCGGUAGUCUCGUAAUCUGGGGAACCGGGUUCGCGUCUCUGCUCCUCCACAUGAAGCUGCUGGGUGACCUUGGGCCAGUCACACUUCCUUGAAGUCUCUCAGCCCCACUCACCUCACAGAGUGUUUGUUGUGGGGGAGGAAGGGAAAGGAGAAUGUUAGCUGCUUUGAAACUCCUUAGGGUAGUGAUAAAGUGGGAUAUCAAAUCCAAACUCUUCUUCUUAUGCUAUAUACCCCGUUCUGUGCCCAAUAAGCACAUUUGCCCGGCAGUGCUGUAGCCCAUAGAUUGCAGCAAAAUACUGGGCAAAUCCUCUCUCUGCAAUGGUCUCAUCAUAGGAAAAAGCUGCCCCAUGAGCUCUUGCUGCAGAGAGGAGGGGAAGCCUAUAUAAGGCUGCUUCCCCUGGAGCACAAGAGCCACUUUGCUUUGAGAGCUUCCUGCCCGCACACCCUCGUGUUAGAGCCUUCACUGAGCAAUUUUGGGCCGCUGGUUAACAGAGCUGGAAAUGAAUUCCUCCCACCCUUCUCAACCUGAUUGGCACUUGGUUGGGUUUUUCCCCUCCUUUCCCUCAGUGAAAUUAUGGCUUCCUUGUUAGGUGGAAGAACUUUGUUUGAGUGCGGAAAUGGCAUUGGUCAGGAUCAACAUAGUAUAUGGGAGGGGGCCCAUAAGGGGCCUGUGGGGAGGAUUGACCGCAGCAAACCUAAUCGUGGGUUUGGUAUCUGCCUGGUUGGAAACUGCAUCCUGGUCCCCCAGUGAGAACUUGCUUGCUUGACUUGCACCAUGGCAAGGUUUAACCCUGGCCAACACCCAUGGUACAGGUUUGGAGAGAUCCAAACCCAGUGGAUCCAUUCCAUCAACAUGGGGCAUGUGGAAUGAUGAAGGGAUCAUGGGACCUAAUACCAAGCCAACCCUUUGCCCUGCCUGCUGUUGUCAAUUAAAGAUUUGGCCUGAUUUUAUCCCAUUGCCAUUGUAUAGUCCUCUUGUUUUGCCGCUGUCAUGGGUCACAUGAUGUGCCCGCCUGGGCAACCACAUAAAAUAUAAUUAUGGCUCUGGUUAAAUAUCUUGGCACCUUAAAAGAACCUGUAGGGCACAUAUGAGUGGCUGUUAGCUCUUGCGGUCUGCGGUUGAAGAUGGGAACCUAGUUAGAUUGGUCUAGCCCAAUAUAGCUGUUGUCGUUCUGGAUGAAUAUGUAGCCAUACAGCACACCAGCCUACUUCCUGGAUUUAGCUAUAUUGUUUGAGGAUAUAAGAGAAGAUUUCUCAACUGGUUGUAAGAUAUAACUUAUUGGGCAUAUAACCGCAUAAGGAUACAGCAGAAACUCAACUUCUCCAGGUUAUAGCUGGAUCAUCAUUCACACACAGCCAGAUGCAAGGCUUCCAUCUGUUCUUGGCACUGCUGAACAGUUGCUUAUCCAGAACCUUUAAACUUGUAACAUUUGUUAAUUCAAGUAGGUUUUUGCACUCUAAUUUGACUCUUAAGAAUAAUUGAGCAUUUUUCAGAAGUCAGAUGCACACCAGAUGCGUUCUGAUGUGCAUCCAAUCUCCAUGAGUCACACAGCACCCAGAAUACACAAGUAUGGACAGCCAGUUCCCAGGAAAAUUUGUCAUCCCUAUGACCUUUUGGAGUUAGUGAAACUUAAGUUAAUCAUGGCUGACUUUUAAUGUGGCUCAAGCAUGGUAACAUUCUCUGGGUUGGUGUUAAAGUCUGUCGUGGUAUAACCAUUCUCUGGCAGGAAUAUAUAUAUAUAUAUAUAUAUAUAUAUUUCUGCGAGUUUCUCUCACAUUCAAUUAGCCCUUCUUUAACAGCUAUAUUUUCCCAUGCUCUCACAUCUAGAAAGCAGUGCCACAAACAAAUCCUAAUAAUUAUGUUCUCAACAAAACCUAGGGCUUUGAAAUAGAACACGUAUACCACUUAUUUCAUUGCAUAAGCCCAACCAUUAACUGUCUGAGGUUAGUGGGAAUAUUUCUUUCUGAAAACAGGCUAAUGUAUUAUGGAAUAUUUAGCAAUUUCAGCUGAAAUGCACAAUAAUAUCAGCUGUCAGAGAUCACACAGUGCACAACGAGACCUCAAGACUAUGGAGUUGUUUCUUCAACUUGUGUGCAUGACAACAACAAUGUUGGAAGCCAGUCUGAGCAGCUUCCAACAGAAUAUGCAUCUUACCCCUCCUCAGAAUAGAUUCACUUCAUUGGACUUGGCUGGCCUAAAUCAGAACUGGGAAAUCUUUUUCAGAUGUGUCCAUAAAACUACUUCUGUGAGGAGUGUUUGAGCAGACUGUGUGUUAGAUAGGUAGAAGUUGUAUACUCUAGAAACCUGGGUGUGAAUCUGAUGUCACUUUGUUUUUCUUAUUAGAGCUUUUACUGCCACUAGAAAGAAAGUGUAUCAUUUCAAGAACGGUGUCUAAUCUAGACUUUGUUCCCCUUUCAAAGGGUUUUAGUGUACGAAGGAAAGCAGGUCAUGGCAGACUCUGGACCAAUCUAUGACAAAACCUAUGCUGGUGGGCGAUUAGGUCUUUUUGUCUUUUCACAAGAGAUGGUUUACUUCUCUGACCUCAAGUAUGAAUGCAAAGGUAAGUUAAUGCAUCCAUCAUCAUAAUGGCAAUAACUACUUUAGUGUUUGCAGGGGGGUUGCAGACUUUUUCAAUGGGAGGGACCAUGGACCUGAUCCAGCAGGGUCUUAUGUUUUUAUGGCUCAUUCAAACUUGCAGGUCAUCCGAUUUUGCAGUAUCAAGUGUUGGCCAUGUAUUUGUGAAGCAACCUUCUGAGUGCCUUUGAUUCCUUUUAUUAAACAAUCUUUUAUAUAUGUAUCUACAUUAUGAAUGAAAAUGGAUUCAGUGGGACAGCUUUCUUAAUAGCAAAUGUGUAUAGCAAUUAAUAGCAAUUGUGUGUAUCCAGCUUGAGGCUAGAGCAAGCAUAAUCAGUGCUCCCCCCCCAAAAAAAAUGUUUAGGGGUACUAUCAUUUUCCUACUCAUAUUGAAAUACUGCCCCUCAAUGAGGCCAAACUUAGAUUUACAAAAUGUUUAGGGGUGUGCGUACCCCUUUGUCCCCCCCGAAAAAGCAUUGAGCAUAAUUAAUUGUCAUAAUCAGAGCCAGAUUCCAUGCAUUAGGCAACCUGACUUGCAUGUGCCACUCCUCAUAUGUGAGGUUCCCCCCCAAGCAAAUAUGACCUAUGACAUAAGGCUAAGCAUUUUCCCUGACCAUCAUUAACUUAGGCAUCCUCAACCUUUUCAGACCCAGGACCCACCUUUAACCCAAAUAUGCAUUUGGGGACCAAUUUCUGAAUUGUUUACCAUAUAUUUGCAUGGUGGUGGUGCUCUUGUUGUGAUCACCUUGGGUCCGUCAGCAACCCGAGACCGGAGAAUCAACCAUAUAAUCUGUAGCUAGCAGUAUGGGCCGAAGGACUGGAGUUACACAAGUAGCAAGGGACAAUGUAGUGGUGAGAGUAGAGUCUCAGACUUGGGAGACCCGGGUUCAAAUUUCAGUACAAUCAUUAAUUUGGGUGACCCUGGGGCAAGUCACUAUCUCUUAGCUCAACUUACAUCACAGUAUUGUUGUAAGAAUAACGAGACAAUGCUGUGCAGGCUGCUCUGCAUUCCUUGACAGAAGGGCAAGAUGCAAAUGGGAGAAGUAACAGCCCAUUGGAACCCAUUGGUUUUUACCUGAUUUUUACUGUGCAUAUUUAUUGCAUUAUAAUAGUUUGCUUUUCGAAAGAUGGGAUAAAAGCUUUAAAUGUCCAAACACAAGUAACUCCCCCCCCCAUGUUUACUGCAAUGCAAUCCAAAUGUGGGAAUUGUACUUAGCAAUUGCUUCUUUCUGUUGCAGAUGUCUGAGGUAAAGCUGCUGCAAAACCAGCAAAGUACUGUAGAUGCCGUUCAACUAGACACCUCUGUUCAUCCUGGUACUCCAAAUCCCUCACUUAUUUUUCAACUCUGGCAUGUUCCCCAGACCUUGUGCCUCCCUGCAGCCAGGAGAGAUCCCUCCGAUUCUACACCCCAGUGCCUUCUAAGAGCUUGGACUGACAGGGCCUGAAUGUGACCAUCAAACCCACCACAGAAGCAAAAACUGAUUGAUGUAUAGAGUGAAAACUUGGCAGACACAUUUAUUCAGUCAUUUGUUUAGGGUUGUUGUUGUUGUUUUUAAAAUGACGUUUACAUAUAAAGUGUAAAAGUGUAAUUACAUAAUGUAUUUAUAUGGAUAUAGAUAUGGAAGAAUGUGAGGGGGGUAUUAUUACAUCAAGAGGGAGGAAGAGGUUGUAAGACCACUUCUUCAGGCCACAUUACUUGCUCAGAUCAGGGCUGGGCCUUGGUGAUACAAAAUCUGGGAGAUAUAGUUCAUCAAAACUGAGAAGGACCAAACCCUAAAUAUCCUACUCAUUUAAGAAGCCAUGGAAAACUAAGGCAACGGCCACCCAAGAAGAUGGCUCCACAAACUUCAAAUGUUACUAAUCUUCUAACAGCUUUUUAGGUAAGCCACAUGCUUGAAGUUUAAAAUAAUGCUUCUCUUCUAAUGACAAAUACUAGCACGUGAGCAGGCUGCAGAGAGAACGACGACAGCUUAACAUCCAAUGGGGCUCUUUAGAUCUUGUAUCCAAUUCUGUUUUAAAGAAGUGAAUUUGGAAUUAUUCUCCUGGGGGCAUACAAAUUAAAAUGCCAGUUAUUUCAGGGUUGUUCAUUCAAAGUAUGUGGAUAUCAGGGAAUCUUGAUACCUCAUGAGCAGGAGCUGGCAGGCAUCUAGUAUCCUACUCACAUAUAAUUUUGUGGGGAGUGGAGCAGGGAAGCUGCAUCAACAACCCAACAUUAUUAAAUGUUUAUUUUGCAUGUCUCCAAAGUAAUACUUCUAGUGGAAGUGCUGCAGCUCAGAGGUAAAGCAUGUGUGUUACAUGCAAAAGAUCCCAGGUUCAUGCCCCAGAAUCUUUGGGUAGGACAUCUGAGUCACUGGUGAGCAACCCACCAGUGUAGACAAUACGGAUGUAGAUGGACCAAUGGUCUGAUUUUGUACGAGGCAUCUUCAUAUGCUACACUCUGGAGGAAACUGGCAUUAUAUGAAGCUCAGCAUCCUAUACUCUGGAGCUGUUCUUGUGACUUUAGGACUGCCCUGUAAUAAAUUGGGGAGGGGGGUUGUGAAUGUCAGCCAAAGCUUGUAGAUGCUCCUUUUUAUAAAAUGGGUUCAACGACUUGAUGACCCCUUUCCCAUAUGAAUUCACCCUUUGCCUCAAAGACACACUCAGCAUAUCAUUGUAUACCAUGCAGUGUACUAUGAAAGGUUGUAUGGGGGGAUUCCUGGUGCUUGGCCAUUGCGUUUAGAGACAUUUUAUCCAUGAGUGCGCAUUGGGAGCCAUGGAGAUGCAUGCUAGUAGUCACAGUCAGAGCAGACAUUCUGAAAUUAAUAGACGGGCACGACUAAUUCAUUGUAGUGGGUCUACUCUGAGUAAAACUUGGUUGCUUAUAACCCAGAGGGUGGGAAAGUAGAAAAUGUGGCUGUCAUGUAAAGCGUACAAUCAGCCCUUUGAAUUUUGUCUAGGAAGAUAAGCAGUGGUGAGAACUUAAAUGUGCACUAAUUGACCUGAUGAACAGCAGCGUGCUUAAGGUGUCCCAUGAAAAUGGUUCCUGGCCAGGUGAAACCUUUUUCCUGACGCUGUCGCAGCAAGCACUUUGAAACCCCAAACUUUGAUCCAGGUUUCUGAUAAGGUGGCAAUGCUACCAUUAACAAAAUCUGGUAACAUAUUACGGUUCCAGUUAUAAGGACGUCGGUGCUAUUUAUUUAUUGCGAUGCGCAGCUAUGUUCUCCAGUAAUUUAUUUGAAAGCAUGCCAUAGAGCACAUUAGCCAUGGAAGAACUCACAGAAGAGAUGACUACAUAAUGCCUUUAAUGGUCCAACCAGUGAAUAUAUGUUAUAUAUGUAAUUAUACGUCACAAUAAUCUUAAAUUGCUCUGAAAAUUGCCAAAUAAUUAAGUAGCCCUCGAGACCUUCUAAGUGGAACCUUGAUAUUUACUAUUGCCCACCAUUUUUGUAUUAUUAUUUUUUACGUAUGUCUGCUGUAUAUAGGACUUUUAAAGAAAAGAAUGCUGAAGGUAUGUCAGCCUUUAUCCUAACCAGAUACAACAGUUAUUCCAUUAUACAAUAGUAUGCACAUAUUUAACACUCUUUUUUGUUAUUUUAAACUGAAUGAACUUUGCCCAUGAGGUAAACUUGCUGGUGUGGUUUUGUUCGUGGAUGAGCAUUACUAAGAGAAGAGAACAAUGGCCUUGUUGCUGAGUCCUCUGUGCACUCUGCUGCAUGCGUCUCUCUGGAUUGCAAAAGAGGGUUGUGCAUGCGCAGCUGUGUAAAAGAAUCUAGAAACCUGCCAAUCCGCUGUUGGGCUGGAGUCAGGAGGGGGCAGAAUCCAUUCUCUGUCACAAACAGCUGCCAUGUGGGAAUCCACAUUAAGAUAUGUAUUAAAGCCCUGGCUGCUUGGUGAGGCUGGGGAAUUGCGUGGAAGCUUUUGCAGCCAGCCAGGGAUAUGCAUGUGGAUGUCUCAAGAAGGACUGUGGCAAAAGAAUUCAGCCACAGGUGAGUACUUCCAGUCACACAAUUGUCAAAGCAUCUUCAUGGAUGCAAAAGGAUGCAGUUCAAGCUCAAGGCUGUCCUUACCACUGCAUCAGAAUGAAUGCGACAGCUUCUGUAGCUGAGGCUUCUACAUUAGCAUCUCAGCUGCUGCAUUCACAGCCAGGUUUGGGCUUGGGAUAACAAUCUCCUGCCUUGUUUGAGAAUACAGUGAGCAAAUGUCAGCUGUUUUCAAACCAAUUUCUGAAUAGAUUUUGAUGUUAUAUACCUUUAUCAAGAAUCCAGUGCUUCUGGCUUUAUUGCACAUUCUUAGUUUUGCCAUAUUAACAACCUUUUUAAAAGGCCUCUUAAUGAGAGGUUUUUUUUUUUUAAAAAAAAGCUUGUUCAGAGUGUUUUUGUUUUUUUGCAAUUCAUAUUUUUAGUAUUUCUAAAAGUGUAGCCCCAAGUCCCAGAGAGAAGUGAGGGAAAUUUCAUUCAUGUAAUAAUGCUUAUUGUAUCCUUCAAAUAAAAAGAAGACAUCAGCGAUGGGACUAAGAUGUUAAUAUUUCGAUUGUACCAUAUUUGCCUAUACUAUGUAAAUUAUUUAUGACUGUUUCCUUUUUCCUUUGUAUGUGUGAAUGUGUGUGUGUGUGUGUGUGUGUGAGAGAGAGAGAGAGAGAGAGAGAGAGAGAGAGAGAGUUAGAGAGAGAUGGUGGGGAGGGGAGAAAGAAUAUAUGUGGAUAAGCACAAGAUGCCAACAAGACUUAACAUUCUGUUUUGCCAAAGACUGUAAAUAACUAUUUAUUUGUUUGCACGGAUAGAAUUUCACCAUUUAAUGUCCCUCAGUUAUUCAAAUCUUCAUUUUUAUACAUUUUAAUAAUAGACAAUAAACUGUAAAAAGGUUUUAUU